AGUAUAUCAAGUACCGUACAAGGUACGGUGCAGGUCUGCUCAGGUCAUGCUGACUCUAUGCCGAGCCCUCCUGCUGAGAGCCCCCUCCGCGGGUCAGCGCAGCUACAGCGCCACCUCUCUGAAAAACUUUAUAGUGCAGCACACGGAGGUAGUGAGCGAGCACCUGACACCGGAACUCCGUUUACAUCUGCUCACUCCCCGCUGCAAGCACUGGUAUCUGCCGUCCGACCUUUGGCCCUAUGAGGACCCUUACUGGGCCAUCUACUGGCCCGGGGGCCAAGCUCUGGCUAGGUAAGCUCCCAAGGACCGCAAGAACUGCGGGUUUACUAAAUUAUUUGUCCGAAACAGUGCCAUCUAGCGGCUUUAUAUGGAAUUCUGAGCCUUAGUUAAAGGAACUCUCUAACUGGGCUCCUAAGUUUUCUGCCUUAGUUACUUGGUAUUUUGAAAUCUUUAUACCCACAUCUGCAUAUUUAUGAAAAUAUUAAAGUGUUGCUCCAACCACCAUGACCACCUCAGUGAUUUUAAGUUGUUAUGGUGGUAGGAGUCAGUAAAAACCAAAGGAAAAAAAAGUUACCUGCGCUCUCUCCUUAAUCCCUAUGUAUAUUUAAACAAAUGGAGGUCAUUUAGUUACUCCAAUGGCCACUGGAGGGAAUGUCCGCCUGCCAACGUCAAGGCAGACCCCCCUAAGCGGGUCCUACUCUGACCCUUCACCUUGCUCUCUUGAGCUUCUGGCAAAGAUAUCUCUAAUGAGACAGAAAGUCGUAUUUUUUUAUAUACACCCCUAUAUACUUAUUAACCCUUAAUAGGGAACACAUAGGAUGGGUGGCACCAUUGUAACCUAGCUGUGUGAUACAAAAAGUAAAUACAAAAAGAAAAGUCCUGCGCUCACUCCCAUCACUCCUGGGCGGCAGCAACGACCACAGUACACAUCAGCUCCAAUACAUAUAGUAAGAACCAAAUAAAAAAAGUUACCUGCACUCUCUUCUUAAUCCCUACGUAUAUUUAAACAAAUGGAGGUAAUUUUUUUGCUUUGGUUUUUACUAUAUGUAUUGGAGCUGAUGUGUACUGUGGUCGUUGCUGCUGCCCAGGAGUGAUUGGAGUGAGCCCAGGACUUUUCUUUUUGUAGGAGUCCGUUAGUGCAAUGUCACUGCACAUAGUGAGAUCUUUGUAAUUGCGUUAUGGGGUCUGGUUGCACCCCCGCAGCGCAGAACUUACGGGCUGGCAAUGUCAAAAUCUGUCUGUCCGUGUGCAGUGCCCGCUGCCGACACAUGUGAAAGUCUUAUCCUUGCAGAGACAGCACCUGCAAGAGGAAGCUAGCUCUCCCCUCACUCCGCAUUCCCUCCAACUGUUCCACAUUGCUUGUGUGUAGCGUCUGUGACCCAUUCAGUUUUUUUUAUAUGCUAGUUUUAUGAGAGAGGACCAAAGAUGUCCCAUUUCAGCAGGCUGUAGUGAUUAUGGUUACACAAAAAUAAGUCCUGCUCUCAGAUUCCCACUACUCCUGGGCAGCAGCAGUGACCAUAGUACAUAUCAGCCCCAAUAUAUACACUAAAAAAACAAAAAAAUAGUUGUGCACUAUACCAAAUCCCUAUCCAUAUUUAAAUAACUGGAGGUUUUUAAUAUUACUCCAAUGGCCAUUAGAUUGUAAGCUCCCCUGCCACGUCAAGGCAAACCUCUUAGCUGGGUCCUACACUAACCAUUCACCUUGCUUCCUUCAGCUUUAGGUAAAAAAAAAUCUCUAAUGAGACAGAGGGGUAUUUUUCUAAUUUGCUACAUAUUUAUUAACCCUUAAUAGGAAACACAUGGGGUGGGCAGCAGCAUUAAACAUGACUGUGUGAUACAAAGGCAAAUACAAUAAUAUCCCAUUGGAAGUAAUUACAACAGGCUGUAGUGAUUAUGGUGCUUGGGGGGGAAAAACACACAGUACACAGUCACAAACAGUCUGUCCAGUGUUGGAGAGGGAAGUUUACAGUAUGUCUUUCCAGGUGAGGUUUUGUCUUGUAAUUUGUGAGAGAGAUCCUAAAUAUGUAUUUACUGGGAGGUCUGCAUGAGUGUAGAGGGUCACGCACCAUCGUGUUAGAGUAUUAUCCUCUAAGUCAGUAUUUGGUGGUGUGUGGAUACCAUAACAUUAAUAUGAUGGCUUUGUGAUACAUUCAAACACAAGGCAACAUUAAUGCUUCUCAUGAGCUGUACAUACAGUUUCUGAUCAACCUCUUAAGUUGUUUUGAGUUGAUAAUUCUGUUAAACUCUCUCUCAAGAUGGAGAAAACGACUGAGUUGGUAACUCUAAGAAGGAUUGCUGUAAACGGCAGUGUAGUCGUGCUUUAAGAUUUUACAUGUCUGCUUGUCUUGUUCUAUGUUUUAGAUAUAUCUUGGAUAACCCCGAUGUUGUACGAAUGCGCCGGGUUUUAGAUCUUGGAUGUGGCUGUGGAGCUGCUGGCAUCGCUGCUGAAAUGAGUGGAGCCUCUUAUGUUCUGGCCAAUGACAUUGACCCAGGUAUAAUUCCUGCAAGAUAAUUUCUUUCUUUCAGCAAACCUAUCUAUGAUGGUUAAAUAUUAAUGAAUUGUAGGUGAGGAACAUAAUAGGUAAAAUGGCAUUGAAUAUUGUGGAUUGUAUACUGUACAUGUAUGGAAAAACUUAAGCUUUGGGGUGGACUCAUUAUUAAUCACAGGUCACCAGAUGUGUGCCUGAUAUGCACAUUAGUACAACCCCUUUAGAGUAACGAGAGAUAUACGCCUUUCGGAAGCUAGUUUUCUUUUCAUUAAUUUUGCCUAUGCCUCUGUUUCCCUUUGUUAGGUUCAGGGCCUGUGUCCCAUUGCCAGCAUAGGGAGCGCUUAACAUAGGGGCGGGUGGAGCUCCAGUUGCAGGCCCAUCCUGCUGUAAUAGGCCCACACAACUGUCUAAGCUGGCUCCUCCCUCUCCAUCAGGGGAUAUCUUUGCAGUCUGCAGCCAGUCAGAGCGCUUGUAGAAAUAAGGCUGGUAAGGCAUGCUACAAGUUGAGUCAAGCUCAUCAUAAAAUAAAUUUGUGGAGUGUGAUAGACCACUCGGUCACCCAGGAAUGGUACUUGUCUCCCCAAACCAUCACCUCCUUAAAAAAAUAUUUUCACCUUAUUCACCCCUCCUGUUCAUGCCUCCCAGCUGUCCCAUGAGCAUCAUAGACCCACAGAAAGGCCACAGAGACAUGGUGGGCCCGACCGGGACUCAGGAACUCCUGAUCGAAUCACGGACUAGGUGUGGUCAUGAGCACUGUCUGUCCCAGAAUCACCUAGCAGAAUGCUUAUUGGAGAGGUGAGGCAUCCAACAGUACCCAGGACUUUGGGGAAAUCCAUGUACCUGCCAAAAGCAGGUGGUCGAGAUUUUUCACCCAGCUGCAGAUCGUUGGAGGUCAAAACUUUAGUUCUAGCUAACUCGGGCCAACCAUUUUUGAUCUAAGUGCUUUUUUGGGCAGAAUGGGCACUCAUAAGAGAGCUUUCCAGGAGCACCAUUUGUUUGUAGAUGUGGGCAAACGAACCCUAUGUUUAUUGUAAAAUUAACUGGCGCCGAAGUGUCUGGCUGAUAAUCAUUUUGCCUGCUCUUGUAUAAACAUCUAGGCGCCAGGUAUGUGGCAAUCUCUAUUGUCCUCCUGGGGAACUUCUGUUGAAGACCCAGGUAUAAAAGUGUUGUUUUCUCAAUAAAAACAGUUCUACUUCAACCUACACUAUGUUUUGGCUAGUGCUUGGGGUGAAUCUGAUGAACAGUUAUAAUCCUCUGUUAUAAUCUCUGGGCUAUAAUCAAUGAGGGAAAAGGAAUCCUUGGCUGCGAAACUCGGGUCUCCUGCACUUAGGCCGUCACACGUGUUUACUAACACAUAAAAAACUAGGGUUUCUGUGCCCACAUUAAUACAAUAGUGCCAUCCCCCAGAAGCCCUCUUCUUAGGCACACUCUGUCCAAAAACUGCUUGGAUCGGAGUUGUCUAGCCCAUGUUAGCUAAAAGGCACAGUUUUCAUGGGACAACGACAAACCUCUGAUCCGGCGCAGAGUUUCAUAGUGCUGGAUAGAAAUCCCAGUCACCUAAAAUGAUGUCGUUUUCAAUCGGUACAUGGACCUCCCUCAAGUCCUUGGUGUCCUUCAGUGCCUAGCCACCUCCUCUGUCACACCUCCAAAUAGCACUUUGAUAGGUGGGUCUGUGACCGAGAACAAACUUUACCGGACCGCGCCUACUCUGCAAUCUGAUCAGGAGUUCCUGAGCCACAGAAAAGGGGUGCUGGAAUGGGAGCCACAGGCUAUAGGGAUAAAUAGUAGUGAUUAUAGUCUUUUAUGAGGGAGGUGGCGGUUAGGAGACAUGUACCAGCCCUAGGUGAUCAGGUGGUCUGUCACAACAUUCAAGUUUAAAUGUCUUAAUCUUUGUGAAAUGGGGCAAAUCUUCAUGAUGAAGAUUUCUAAAAUUUUCCCAUGAAGACAUAUAUUAAUUAAAAGAGUAUUGUCGUUACAAAGAACAUAUAACCCAAUAUUGAGUAUGUGUACAAGAAAUGUGCAGCAUUUUGGCUUUUUUAUAUUUUUAUUCUUAAUUCCUAAUAAAGUAUAUAUUUAAAUUGUAUUUGUUAUAUGUAUACAUUUAAUUUAACACCAUAUCUUUCAUAGACAGUUAGUAGAUGGUACAAUAAAUAUCACAUUAUCACGAAAUAAUAGACUAUUAACGCUAUAUACUUAAAUUUGCCUCAGACAGAAUGAACACUGGAUGUACUGUCGAAUGAUCACCUAAACAUAUAGAAAUAAUGGAGGUAAAAUGUACAUUGUUUCGUAUACACCUCCAUUAAAUGUAUGACUGGCAAAAUUAAAAUAUCUGAAGCUGAUUUUAAUUGGUAUAGGUAUAAAGUAUUUCGUCCGUACAAAAGGGAAAAAGUUGCAAACGAGCUAAUUUUAACAUAAAGGUGAGUUCUACUUAGCAUCAAUAUGCAGUCAUAAAAGACACUGACUCAACAUUACCAAUAAGACCCAGCUGAUAAAUGCAAGAUAUAUAUACAAAUAUAUUCAUAAAUACAGAGCAUUGGUGCUUAACCCCUUAAUGACGGACCCGGUCCGCCAUGCGCUAAAAUUAACCCCAGAUCGCCGCAAUGGCGGCGAUAGCAGGGUUAAUGAUGUUGCUGGGUGCCCACGAGUCAGUGCCAAUCCAGCAAUAUCAAAUCGCGAUGUCCCAGCCCACAUGAUCGCUGUGACUGUUGGGUUUGUGAAGUGGAGAGGGACGGAUCGCUGUUACUUUGUGUCCCUGAAGAGAAUAAAUUGUCAGAAAAGGUUCCAAAUCCACAUUACCCUGUGCUUUAAAAAAAAAAUGAACCCUUUCCCUGCUGAUUGAUCACUGCCAGCAGUGAUCAAAAUACAGAUCACAGUACUUUACUGUGAUCUAGUUUUUUUUUUUUUUUUGUAAACCGAAGGGAUUACAUUUUAAUUUCUUAUCAAUUUUUGAUUUAGUUGGAGUUGGUGGAAUUUAGUGGGAAUUGAGUAAGCUAGUUAGGUGAAAAGUUAUAAAAAAUAAAAGUUUAAUUAUUUAGUUUAAAGUUUAUUAACGAAGUACACAAUGUUAGGAAGUAUAGCGCAGAAGAGCGCUGUUAGCGGCAUCAGACACUACCUCAGAGUAAUGCAGGGGACAGGGACUAUACUGCAUUCCCCUGAUGCUGAACAUAGCGCAGAUGACUGGGUACCCUACCCUAAUAAUUUUUCACCAGACAUCCCAGAGCUGACCUGUCUGGCUAUAUUAAUAAUAACAACGUAUUUAACCAGGAAAGGUACAUUCAGAUUUAUCUGGUUAUCUGGUUUUACUUUAGCCCAACAUCCAGGGAUUGUUACUAUUAGGGCUGAGUCAACCCUGCCAGGAUAUGAACCUGCAACCAAUCACCCCUCGAAAAACAGCUGCAUACAAUCCAGCUAAGUGGGCUAAUGCAUCAUCAGAAGAAUCUGUUCAACCCUUGGGUUGCAGGUUCUUCUGAUGAUGCAUUAUCCCACUGAGCUGGAUUGUAUGCAGCUGUUUUUCGAGGGGUGAUAGUCACCCAGACUAAUCUGUACGCUGAGCAGUAUCUGGCAGACAAUCUAGAGUCUUUCAUCGCCAGGAAAGCGAGAUGGUACCCCACCAGUGUGCCAGAAUUUAAACAUUUCUGGGCAUUGACAAUGCUAAUGGGGAUAAUUAAAAAGCCCACCAUUAGACUGUAUUGGUCUAGAAUCCCCAUUUGCAAUACCCCCAUUUUUUUCCCAGACAAUGAGUAGGGACGGAUAUGAAGACCUACUGCGAGUUAUGUACUUUAUUGACAAUACGAAGUGCCCCCCAAAGUUCAUCUGCAGUAUGAUCUUCUCUAUAAAAUAUGCCCUCUAAUUGCCCCCUUUAACCAAAAAUUUAUACCCCCAAAAAACAUAUUUCUAUUGACGAAUCCCUCAUGAAGUUUAAGGGAAAACUGGGGUUUAAACAGUACAACCCAUCCAAAAGAUCCCAGUAUGGGAUAACAUUUUAUAAAUUGUGUCAAAGUGUCAGUGGCUAUGUGUACACCUUCCGUGUAUACGAAGGAAGGGAUAGCCACCUUGAUCCCACAGGUUGGCCAGAUAUAGUAGGGACAAGUGGGAAAAUUGUCUGGGACAUAAUCAUGCCGUUACUAAACAAGGCAUAUCACUUUUAUAUUUUGAUGAUUUUUACAACAGUAUCCCACUUCUAAAAAUGCUGUACUGCUUUGAGAUCGUGGCCUGUGGCACUAUUCGGAAGAGUCGAACAGGUUUCACAAAGGCUGUAGCAGAAAAAAGCUCUCUGCCAGAAUGAACUGCUGGCACUUAAGUACCGCGCUAAAAAGGAGGUGUUCAUCCAAACCACCAUCCAUGGUGAACGCACUCGCAAGGUCGCAGUUUGUGGCAGAGGGGAAAUUAAACUGGUGCCAGUCUGCAUAAAACAUUACAAUCGGCAUAUGGGGGGAGUUGACCUGUUUUAAAAAGGCGAAUGCAGAGCUGAAAUGCACGUUCCUUUCAUUUCAGUUUCAGCUCAUUUCUGGGCUGCUUGAGUACCACAGAGGGGUACCAUUAGUGGAGCCUAGCAGAAGAAUGGAGGCAGGUCACUUCUGCUUCAGGAUUCCAUCAACCCCCAGAAAAGGUGCAAGAUGUGUUACAAGAUGGGCAUAAGAGCUGAGACCAGUUAUUACUGCUCUGAUUGCCCCUCUCAGCCUGGCCUAUGUAUUGGCCACUGUUUUAAAAUUUUCCACACCCAGGCAGAAUAAGUAGACCGGUUUUGGGGUGUGAUUUUAGUCUGUUUGGUUACCGCAUCCUGGCUUUGUCUCCCGUUUAUCCUGUCUUCUCUGGUCCUAUGCUUCUCCUAUCGUUCCUUUUCUCUUUACUCCUUUUACCUUGGCUUGUAACAUAACUGUUCUCUGUUUGUAUAGUCCGGCCAUUCUAAGGACCGGUAUUACAAGGUUCUCUUUCUGUGUUCUCUCUCUUUGAGGUCUGUCUAUGUUUGUCUGGUUUUGAAAUCUGUGACGCAAAUAACUGGGUACUACCCCAUCAUAAGUUUAUACCAAAUAUUCCCCUUUUCACAGCAAAUAGUAUGCACUUGUUCAUGAUUUGAAUUGAUGAGCUGCUUAUAUUUAAAAAUAGAUGUGGCCUUUUGAGAGGUAAUUUGCAAUCAUGAGCUGCUAAAAUGAGACUUGGGCCUAGCAUCCGCUUGUGAAAAAUAUGAAAUUGAUGUGUCUCAAAUGUGCCCUUUCAACUUCCACAUAUCCCUGAAAAAGGUACACGUGGGGGUAUUGUUGUACUAAGACGACAUAGCUGAGCAACAUAUUAGGUGUUCUACUGCCGUGGCACACAUAAGGAUUGCAAAAUAUAUACAGUAACCUCUCCAAGUGUGUGUCAAAAAGGCAGAAAAAAAUGUUAAUUGCUACUAGACUUGGUACAAACUAGCAAAAAAUGAUCCUAUGCUAAGGUUUAAAAUAUGUCUUUUGAAAUACCCCAGGGUGUGUACUUUAAGAAAUGGUAGGCCUUUGUGUUUUGGGGCUUUGAUCAUAGUUGCACAUAUUAAAUAUACAAAAUGCCCAGCAAAAAUGUAAUGUGUAUUAAAUAAAAAUGCCAAAAAUAUUUACAACAAAUUUUGACAUAUUGGUGAAAAAAUGGGGACAUGUUAAGGCACAAUAUGCACCAUAUGAGAUAUUCUGGAGUGUCUACUUUUACAAAUGGUAGGCCUUUGUGGGGUUUGUAACAGUCAAACUGCUAUAUACCCCAGAUUGAAACAUAGGCCCAUUAAAUCCAUGUCUCAAAAUUCUACUGUAAAUACUGAAAUGGAGAGGUCUCCUAUAUGGCACUGUAGCUUCACAAAAUAGUGCCAAAUGUCCUCAGCAGAUGUAGCUGAACACAAAAUAAGUUUUGUACAGGAAUAGCACACACCAAAUUUACGAAAUACAUAUGAAAAGAUCUUUGUUAUAAGUUUGUGUGUCAAAAAACAAAAUUUUAUCCAAUGUUUAGCAGAGAUUGUUGGGGAAAUGGCUAUGUAAAAAGUGUCAAAAUAACCUUAGGUAAAUAGCCUGUGAUGUCUACUUUAUGUAAAUAUAUACUUUUUGAGUGGCAAUUUAGUUUUCUUUUAUGGCUAUUAAACUUACAAGACAAACCUACCAAAUUCUAAAUCGCUCCACAUUAAAAGUUUAUUUUACUCCUUGUGUUUUGUGAGCUGUAACUACCUUAAAAUCCUAGACACAUUAUAUAUUCUGUAAAUCAGAACAACUAAAUUAAUUUAUUUUUAAUUUCUUUCCUUAACCUGAUUGUUAUGCACACAUUAUUAUUGCAAUGUGUUAUUCAUAUGUUCAGGGCUGGAUUAAGAGGACAUUGUGCCUGGUUCUGACAAUUAUAAUGGGCUUAAUUACAGAAUCUUAUCGACAAAAAACACUAAAACUGUCAUACCUCCUAAGCGUCAUGUAUCUGGUGGAGGUGGUGCUGAAGGGAAACACAGGAUAUAGCUAUAAGAAAACACAAACCCUAUGCUAAUCUCUCGCGUUCAUCUUUCAAGUAAAUCCAUACUCCCUAACAGCAGUAUACGGUGUAGCAGGAUGUCAGUGGAUGGAGUAAGACGGGGGGACCACUGACGUAAAUCACAUAACCAGAACCACCCAAAGGGGUAAAUAUGCCCAAAAAGGGACGUGUAUGCCAGAAGAAUUGGAAGGCCUGCCUGGCAUGAAUGCAUAUCAGGCUCCCUGCCAAUCAUGCUGGCUGGCCAACUAAGGGCAUACUAUGCAGACCCCACACUAGGCUUGGCAUAAAUCCGCCUAAUUAUGUGCUUCCUCCAUGCUUGCUAAGGACUGUCCCCUAGCACUCACUUGUCCACUCCUCUCCUAACCUUUUUGCUAACUGGCAACAGUGUAGUGAGUGUUGAAUGCCACAGUGUUAGAGAGACUGAAGCAGUAAGAUUGUUUGCAUAUUGUGCAAAGUCAGCUUCACCUUAACUAAUUUCAUUGUCAGCUAGUCCACACAAGUUAUUUUUCCUCUACAUCCCUCUUAAGUUUCCAUACUUAAGCAAGAGCAUGUGAAGAGUCACAAACAAAAUGUGUGUGUAGAAAGGCCUGAAUUUGUAGGAGGAGUUAUUUGCCGAUAUAAACCCUAGGCUCCUACUCACCUAUGCCGUUCACGCUGGUUGACCAUCCCCAUAGCAACCAGCACUUCCGUUUCGGAGAAUCCUCCCAAAACUUCUACUGCAACGUACACUGCUCCGACCACAGGCCCAAUUCUUCCAGCUUCCUGCUUUCGCACACGAGACACGGUACGCACAUGUAAGUAUCACGUAGGGAAUAACGUUCGGUUACUCCUACGUUCGGGCGUAAAAACGCGGGGAUAGGCUCCCUUCUUCACAUAUCUGUUCGUUUCCCGUUCACCUGUCCGUUCUGUCGGUUGCUUUUGGCAAAAUUCAUACGAAGCUCCCAAUACAGUUUCACGUAUCAAACUGUAUCUAUUCGUACAUACGAACGGUCGGUGCAUUUAGCAUAUUGUUACUUCACUCAUUUCUUCACUUAUUCACUCGUACGGUUUACAAACGUUUCUUCGUUAUAUGCUAGUUCACUUUGUCAUUCGUUUAAUUCAGCACUCCGUCUAAAAAAAAUCCAUUCGUUCACAAUUCGUAUGUAAACCAGUCUUUCACAUGUAUUCUCUUACAUUUUCUUAUUUCAAAUAGGGGAAUCAGUAACCUUUGCCUCUUCUGCUUCAUUAUAUUAAGAGUUUUGCUUUCACAAUGUCACUUGGGUUAUGUCACAACUGCAUUAAAACUUCUGGAGCACCUUAUCUAUAUCACCCUCCGCUUAUGGCGUCCCACAGUCUUAUUUUAUAAGCAUACUCCUAUCACGUUUGGUUCUCUAUACUCUAUCAGUUUUUAAUAUGCUAACAAACUUGGUCUAAAUAUCUGUCUCUAAGUCUCCCUUUUACAUCAAAACAUACACCACAUUCAGAGGGUUCGGUUGCCCGUUUCACCAUUCACACUAGAUUAAACCUCUUGUUAUUUUGUUUCUCUCAAAUACGUUACUUAGCUCUAUGUCUCGAUUUUAGGCUCUUCGAAUUACCACGUAUAAAAUACAGAUUGGAAACCUGGUUCCUGUCAUACAGUAUCAGGUGUAGUAAUCUUACUCGUUACUCGUAAGGCCUCAUUCAGCCUUCUCUCGUUACGUUCGAUCACACGUACCAUUAGGGGCUUGUCUCUAAGUAUGGACCAUUGUUCAGGUCUCUCACUAUGCACGUAUUCAUACGUUUAUCUUCACAAAGUAUAUGACUAUUCGUUGCACUGUCUGUCAUUUCCACUCUCAUAACCCUCAGCCUUACAAUUCACACGCUCAAAUCCCACUAGUAUCUAUCUUACCCAUAGGAUACUCUGGCCCGGACCAGUCCUACACCUAAGUUCUUGCUACUUUACCUACGAAGUAUUACUUAUCUCCCUACCAUGAAGUUAAACAUGCGGAUACUUACCUUUGGAUUUUUAAGUUACUCUGUCAGAGACAAGCCCCACCAGGGCUAGAGAACUGGCUCAUCUGGUCAGGUGCUGCCCCUAGUACCAAGUAACUGUAUCAGUCCCGCAAGGCCAACACCCACCUCACCACGGAGGUUCACCCAACAACCCAAUCAUAGUUAGCCGCCUCGCACUCCAUUCUUCAGGGCUACUGUCAGGGCCUCACAAGUCACGGCCACACGUUUUUGACUUUUCUACUGUCACUGAGAGGCCAACAUCCCGCCACAACGUCUAGUGGCCACAAGCCCCCAUGGCCCAAACCAUAGGUAGAGCCUCUCACCGCCACUUGGCAUUAGCAGGGCCUCACCUGUCACGUGUAGCUAAAUCCUUUGCCUCUUGGCACUAGUCAGCAAGCCAGUUCUACAAAGGUCUUGAUCGUGCCUCCCCUCUAUUCUACUAAUUGAUGCUCUUUUCACAGGAUGUCACAAUAAUUAAUCCCAGGUGAUUAAUCCCAGAAGUAUCCCUCACCCCCUCUAACCCAAGGUCCCUGAGAUCAUGGACCAUACCAAAACUGUCAGCAGAGCUACGGCAUAGAGGUAUCCCUUUCCCUGCUACAGUUAGGAAAGCAGAACUCUACAGCCUGCUCACAGCUCAGUCCAGUGAUUCCAGGCCCGGCACCAGCUCUCAAGGGCUGCACGCCUGCACCACAGACUAUGCAAGAAACCUUGUCGGCUAUUCAAACAAACCUACCAACUCUAAACCAAAGGCUGUAUAAAGUAGAAACAGCCAUCGCUACUCCAGGUGACCUACCAAGCCCUUUAGUUCCUCCUCUAGUACUGCCCCUCCACCCUCCACCACUACCCUAUACGUUUCCCCUGCCCACUCUGUCCCAUCCUCCAUUUAAAAAGACAUACUUGAUGGUAAAGAUGUCAAUCUAGUUUCCCUCCUUAUCGCCUUGCAGGACAUUCUGGAGAAUAGAGCCUAUAACUAUGGCGAUAUAACAGUAGUACUGAAAACCAGAGACCCACGUCUCAACAAAAAACUUUCUAUUCCUCAAUUUGUAAUAGCCUUUGGGAUUUAUAGAGAUGUCAUCUGCUCUGUGUACCCACAUAGGAGGGAAGAACUGGAUAUGGAUUUAGAUAUGCACAAGGUGCAUAUGGACUUAGGGAUCAAAUACGUAGGCUCCUCGUUUUAUGAGUACCACAAGUCAGUGUCGGCCAAGGUAGCAACACAUCUGGCCCAGUUUAACAUCCGGAUAGACUGGUGUCAGAUGGACACUGAAUUGUUCUGCCGACACUUCGCUGGCUUGAGGCCCCUGUCCUGUGCAGCAUGCAAUUACACUUCACAUUCCACUGAUCUGUGCCCCUGUGAAGCAGAUCCCUCCUCUUCCCACCACACCUUCAGCUCCAACACUAAGCAAGAAAGUGGUCAGAGGGAUAAGCUGGGCCGAUCAAUAGUGUUCCUAGAUAAGGCGCAAGUGUGCAACAAUUUUAAUGCUGGCGCCUGCAGUUACAGCACUUGCAGAUUGUUGCACAUUUGCUCUAUUUGCUUUAGAGCACACACCAAAACCAUGUGCCCAGCCAGGCUUUCCCCCCAAAAAUGACUAACAGAGGUUAACAUCAACGUUUUGGCAUAUCACCUACGUAUUUACCCCUCCAUUCACUUAGUGGAAUUUCUGGUGUCAGGGUUCUCCCAGGGCUUUCACACUGGUUUAAUUGCUAUCCCCGCAAGCACCUUUAGAAUUCCCUAACCUGUUGUCCGCCUCCAGCGAUCCUCAUACAGUGGACGAACUCUUCUUUAAUGAAACUCAGGCUGGUUUCAUGAUAGGUCCAUUUUCUGAACCCCCGUUCUCUACCUGGUAUACAAAUCCCAUUGGGGUAGUGUAACGGAUCACCUGGCACCCCGACUGGGUACCUGCGUUGAAGGAUGCUCCUAGUGCUUUCUGAGGGCUCCAAGCACUCCAGCCGACACCAGAACCACCGUAGACUCCUUCAGAGAGCAAGACAGGAACAAGCUCUUACAAGAGCUCAGUGAUUAUAGCAAGGGAAUAUGCGGAGCAUAGCAAUCCCUUGUAGCAGAUUCCCCCAAGAAGAAUUAAGAUAUCGGACAAUAAUUUUUUAGGUCGCCCGAUUGGCUUUUAUAAAUGUAAAAUGUGUUAUGACUUUAGAAAUAUGCAGCACUCUAGUGGUAAACCGGUUCUGGAAUUUAAAUCAGAAAAAGCACAACAGACAUUUAAAAUUAGAGAACAUAUGACCUGCCAUAGUAGUAAUAUCAUUUACCUGCUAAAAUGUCCCUGCGGCCUACAGUAUGUGGGGAAGACCACACGUCCUCUCUGCGUUAUGGUUAGGGAACAUAUUUAUAUUAGGAAAGGGGUUGAGAACCAUAGUGUUUCAGGAACACUUUAAAAAAGUUCACGGACAGGACCCUAGCAUUUCUAGGGAUCAAACAUGUGUCCAGGGAUUGGAGAGGGGGUGAUUUCAUCCGUAAGAUCGGACAGGAGGAAAUGAGAUGGAUAUUUUUAUUAGAUACUUUAGCCCUGUCCGGUCUUAACAAAGAUUUUGAACUUUUUAAUUUUCUCUAAAUUUAUGUGUUCCUUUAGAUUCCUUAUUUUUCAUUUUAUUUGCUUAUUUAUUAUAAUUUUUUCUAGCCUCCAUUCCAACCCUAUGGACACCUGUUGUUCCUAUAGACUCUUAUGGUACGAGAUAUGUAUGCAAUUGGAGGGGUUUUUACUUUUUACAUUCUACAUAUCUUUAUACUCUUUUAUUUUUAGUAUUUUUAUGCUUUUAUUUUUAUAUGUUUUUCUAUAUAGGCAUGGAGGUAUUAACCCUCUACACUUCCCCACAUUGUUUUAAAAUGUGUUAUUUUUUUUUAUAUUUUUUUAAAAUAUUUUUUCUAUAUUGGUGAUUAUGUCUGGAUUUUUAUGGUGGGAAUUUGGUUUAGACGAUCUACCCCCUUUUAUAAGAUCUCUUUAUACAUCUGUGGUGUAGACAUGUUAUAUAAAAAUUUAUUUGUAUUGCCAUUUAAUAUAUUGGCAUAGUUUUACUCCAUUAUUUUGCUCUUCUGAAUGUUUGUAUGCUCUUUAAAUAUGACUGCUGUGGGUUUUAACAAAAAAGUUUUACGUAGAUGGUAAAUACCCAUAGGACUUUCAUAUGGACUGAUCAUUGAUAUCAGGAUUAGCCGAUUGGAUCACGGCUAUACCAUGGCAUAUAUAAGGAUACAUAGGAGUGGGACAUGUCAUGCACGUUUGAGGAAGCCCCUAUCUCAAUAGAUAGCACUGUGAGAUUCCCGCACAUGCCCAGUUAAACACUUGGGCAUGCGAACGGUAAUUUCAUCUAUUCAUUCGUCAGAAAGAAUGAAUACCGUGAGUAGGGGCAUGUCUACUAAACAGUGAGGAGUCUAAGCCUCCCCAGUCUAGGCCAUUUCUUCUGCUAUAUAAAGGCAUCAAUCGCCUUUUGUGUGUUGGCGAGGUCCCCACUUGUGAUUUUUACUGGUAGUGCUUAGAAUAAGAAUAGUAGCCUAGGGAGGAUAUUCAUUUUUAUGGAGUGUAGGCGCCCUAUCCAUGAAAUGGUUUGUCCUUCCAUCUCUCCAAAUCUCAAGUCAGGGUUCGAAAUAGGGGUAUAUAGUUACUGUGGAAAAGUGCCGUUGGGUCAGCCGUUGGGUCACCCUAAGUAGGUGAAUGCCUCCCUUUCAAUUUUUAGUUUGUACAGCUGUUGGAUGUUUGUUGUGUCCUGGGUCGACAUGUGGAAGGGCAUAGCUACUGACUAGGAGAGGUUGACUUUGUAUCCUGCCACCUCGCUAUACCGGGUCAGCAGUGUUGUGAGUCUGGCCAUGGUGUGUGUGAGGUCAGUGAUUGUGAUGAGCACAUCGUCGGCGUACGCCGAGACCUUAAAUUGGUGUCCUCCGAUCGUUCCUUCUGCUAUGUGUGGGUCAUCCCUGAUAGCUGUCAGAAGUGGCUUCAGUGUGAGCACGAAGAGGAGUGGGGAGAGCGGUAAGGUGUUGUAACUGGUGUCUAAUUGCUUUUUAGGGCUGUAAUGGCCAUCUCCCCUUCCUCCGUCGUGAUGGGUGCCCCCAGCUCCCCGGCCUCCCCUCCACUCACCGUAGGUAGUUUAAGGUCAGCUAAGAAGGAGGUAAUGUGCUGCAUGUAGUUCACAUUGUGGUGGUCAUUGUGUGGCGAUUGGUUGUAAAAUGAGCUGUAGUAUUAGGUGAAUUCAUUAUUUAUUCUCUAGAAGGAGUUUGGAUUUUUUUUUUGGAUUCACGUUUUUUUAUGGUGGCUAUCUUUAAUGAAAUGGCCUCGAAGGACUGAUUUGUGGGCAGUCCAGAGUGUUGUAGUGUUAGUCCCCGAGUUAUCGUUUAGCGUGAAAUAGUCGGUUAUGGCCUGUCUAGUGAGUGUCGCCGUCUCGUCGUCCUUGAAGAGAUUAGUGUUUAGCUUCCAGGUCAAGUUGGAGUUGUAUUUCAGUUUUUCUAGUGUGAGUAAAAUGUCAGCGUGGUCUGACCACGUAAUUGUAUUUCUGUCUGUGUGUAGUGCUUUGUGUACACCCAUGUUGUUGAGGAACAAGUUGUCAAUUCUGGAGUAGGUGCCGUGGGGAUUGGAGUAGAACGUGAAGUCUCGGGCGUCUGGCUGUUGCAGUCUCCAGACAUCAAGUAAUCCGGUAUGUGUCAGAAGUGUGCAGCAAUUUGUCCUGCCCCCCCCUCUUCCUUGUGAUCUUGGGAUGCCCAUUCUUGUGCUUCUGUCGACCGCUGGGCACGGUACUGCGUUAAAGUCUCCACCCACCACGCACACGCUCCCUCUAGUGUGGGAUGUGAGCAUCUCCAGUGUUGCCCCGAAGGUGGCGUCUGGUUCGUUUGGUGCAUAUAUAAAUCUUAUUUAUAACACAUGUACAUGUAUCAUCUGUAAAUUGAGGCUAAAGUAGUCAAGCUGUGACUACAAUUGAUUUUGAGAAUUUCUCUAAAUCAUCUAUUGUUGGCUUAAUUCUGCCAUUUAAUUUUCAGUUUACUGCAUUUCGUAGUACAUUGAAUACACCCCAUAAUGUAUAUAGGAGGAAGGGUGAAUAAAUGUAUAUGGGCACUUGGGUAUAAACACACUAAAAGUAAGCCCUACGCUGAAACUUCCACUAGUUCUGGGCUGCAGCAACAGCCACAGUAUACAUCAGCCAAAAAAGCAAAAAAUAAAACGAAGUUACCAGCAUACCAUUCCAAAAUCCUUAUGCACAUUUAAAUAGCAGGAGGUUCUUAGUUUCACCCCAAUGACCAGUAAAGUGCCAGCUCACCUGCCCGUCAAGGCAAAAAUAUUGUAGGCACCAAAACAACGUAAGCUUAAUGAAGCAGUUUUAGUGUACUGAUCAUGUCCCUACAGGCUCACUGAAAACAAUGUAGGUCACAUGCAGGGCAGGGGGUGGUCGUCAUAAAGUGAUUUAAUUUCUAAAUGUCAGAGAACUGAGCAGUGAGAAUUGGGCAUGAUCUGAAUGGAAGCUCCUAAGCAAGAACUUCCAACUCUCUGGCUGAGAUAGUUAAAUAAAUAAAUUUACUCACCCGAUUCCAGUGCAGAUGUCCCUCUGCACUGGGUCGGCGUUCAGCUGCCUUCAAUGCUGACAGGGGGACCUAAUGUCCGGUAAAUUCCCGGAAGCGCCUCUAGUGGGUGUCUGGUAGAAAGCUAGUAGAGACUUUUAGUACUUAGUUUCUCAAAAACUGCAAAGUUUACAUGGCAGGACUAAGGGGGACUAGUAUAUUUCACCCAGACCAUUUCAAUAACCUGAAAUGGUCUGGGUCCCUAUAGUGUCUCUUUAAGUCAAAGAGUGGUGCCUUGCAAGCCCCAGGUAAGAAGUACUACUGUUCUAAACCUGUUUGACAACUUACAAUGGGGGCGCCAGGGCACUCCUAUCACCAUAACUACUAUCGCACUUUGUAGUGCUUGUGUUAUUUGAAAUGUUCUUUAACUCAUUAAGGACGGCGGGCGUUCUAUUCAGUCCUUUUUUCUUAGGCGGUCCUAAACGCUGGCGGGCGGCAUAGAACGUCCCUGCCAUCCUUACUACUUACCGGGUCCCGCUGUUCCCACGCCGGCGGUCGUGAUCCUGGGGUCUGUCUGGGAGCUCAGGCAGACCCCCUCUGCCCGAUCUGGCCCCCCUGCCAUGUGAUCGCUGGGUCCUUGCGAUUACAUGGCUGGAAUAGCGGACUUAUGCAUUGCCUGCAGGGAGCCUACCUGAGCUCACAUAGUCCCCCUAUGCCUUUUUAAAAAGUUAGUAAAAGUUAUUAAACCGUUUUUAAAUUAAAUAAAAAGUACUUAGAUCAUAUAUAUAUAUAUAUAUAUAUAUAUAUGUAUGUGUGUGUGUGUAUAUAUGAUCUAAGUACUUUUAUAUACACAUACACACAUCAUUAACCCCUUGAGGACCGAUGACUGGGUACUUACCUGAUCGCCGUCGGUCCCCCGGCAGUGCCCAGGCAGGCUUAUCGCAGCAGAUCAGGACCCUGCGGCCACUUGAUCGCCCGAUUAUGUGGCCGCAAUAGGUGCCUGUGUAUCUGCCUGCAGGGGACUGUCUGUGCUGACAGGCAGUCUCCCUGCAAGUGGAAAAUCACAAAUAAAGUAAAAAAAAAAAAAGCAAUCAGUAUACAAAAUAAAUAAUAUAGAGAUAAAUUUACUCAUACUUACCGUAAUUUUCUUUUCCUGGUCAUAGGCCAUGGCAGCACAACAAUGGGUAGCUCCUCCCCUAUCCCUAGUUAGACAGGAACCAAUUAAAAUAAGGGUACAAAUACCCCCUCCUACCUCCUCCUCCCUCAGUCUAGUUAACAGCAAUAUCCCUGGGUGGGACCUUUGUGCUGCCAUGGCCUAUGACCAGGAAAAGAAAAUUACGGUAAGUAUGAGUAAAUUUAUCUCUUUCCUGGCCAUAUCCAUGGCAGCACAACAAUGGGUAAUACCCAAGCUAAAACCAAGGGAGGGAAAGAAAAGAGACACAAGUGUGUAUGUGUGAACAAAAAGAAUAGUAGUUAGUCCUAUGAGGCAGAAAGAACUGAUCUGCCAAAUCCAUCGUAUUGGCCAGCUCUUACAUCUAAACGAUAAUGUCUAAUAAAUGUAUUAGAAGAUGACCAAGUGGCUGCUUUGCAAAUCAGUUCUGUAGAAACCUUUGCUGCAGCUGCCCAGGAUGAAGAAAGGGAACGUGUAGAGUGAGCCUUCAAACCUUCAGGAACACUAGUUUUAGAUGACCUAUAAGAUUGGAUAAUGGCCGAAACUAUCCAUCUGCUGAUAGUGGCUUUCGAAGCUUGCAGACCCUUCAUAGGGCCAUUAGGAAUAACAAAAAGCCUUUCCGAAAUACGCCAUUCUGAGGAUCUCUGUAUAUAUAUCUUAAGGCAUCUUACUAGGUCGAUAGCAUCAUCAUCAGCGUUUUCCCUGUUAUUAGAUUCUUCUGUACUUAAUGCUGGAAGGAUUAUUUCUUCAUUCAUAUGGAACUCUGAAGUUACCUUAGGGCGGAAUUCUGGAACCGUUCUCAGGAUGACUCUGUCCUUAUGAAAUAUUGUAAAAGGUUCUCGAGCCGAAAGAGCCUCAUACAUACAUGUGGGGUUUUGUACUUCAAUGUAGAAAUCCAUCCAGAAUAAGGUCUUCUCGCCACUUCCUGCUACCUCUUGGUCACUGCAGGGAAUCAGAAUUAUUUGGCAUUUAUUUUUCUCUUGCUACCCCUAGGGUCACUGCAAGUAGGACCCCCGGUCACUAAGGGGGUAUCUUCAGGGGGACACCUUUGCACAGGGCCGGAUACUGAAGCUUCCCAAGGAAGAGAGGCUGAACUUCCUUGGGGGUAGAAGGUAAAAACCCUCAGGUAAGCCAUAAAAGAAAAGUGAUUAUAGUCCUGAAAAUAGACUAAUUUGGUCCUACAGGGAUAGGACAGGAACAAAAAGACUGAGGGAGGAGGAGGUAGGAGGGGGUAUUUGUACCCUUAUUUUAAUUGGUUCCUGUCUAACUAGGGAUAGGGGAGGAGCUACCCAUUGUUGUGCUGCCAUGGAUAUGGCCAGGAAAUAUAUAUGUGUGUGUGUGUGUGUAUAUGUGUAUAUAUUUAUAUAUUAUAACUUUUUUUUUUAUAAGUAUUUUUAUAUUAAUAUACAUUUAUAUAAAUAUAAAAAUACACUUAGAUUGACAUUAUGUAUAUAAGAUAGAGAUAUAUAUAUAUAUAUAUAUAUAUAUAUAUAUAUAUAUACACUUAUAUUUAAAUUACACACGUGUAUAUGUAUAUAUUGUGUGUGUGUGUGUGUGUGUGUGUGUGUAUAUAUUAUUAUAAAUAAUGUUAAUAAAAGUAAAAAUAAUUUUUAAAAAGUGUGUGUGUGUGUGUGUGUGUGUGUAUAUAUGUGUGUGUGUGUGUGUGUGUGUGUAUAUAUAUAUAUAUAUAUAUAUAUAUAUAUAUAUAUAUUUAUUUGUAUUCGGGGCCAUUUCAGUAUAGUAUGAAAUAGCUAGUGAGUAUACUUAUCAUAAUAAUUAAAAGUCGGUAGAGGUGUGCCGAAACCGACAUGUGUGGUAGGCCUGUAAAUAAGAGGGCCCACCUUAAAUAGUAUUUGAAUAGAGGGAGAGGAGGGUGGGUCAAACGAGCAUCUGGACCAGACGGUGAAUGAGGUAGGAGGGGGAGUCCCUUUUAAAGGGAUAUAGCCCCUCCACAACUUCAGGCCCUGCCUUCCAAUUUGUAUUCGGGGCCAUUUCAGUAUAGUAUGAAAUAGCUAGUGAGUAUACUUAUCAUAAUAAUUAAAAGUCGGUAGAGGUGUGCCGAAACCGACGUGUGUGGUAGGCCUGUAAAUAAGAGGGCAAAAAGGAAUACCCAUAUAAUGUUAUCAAAGAUAUUUAUUAACGAAACCACAAGACAUGGAGUUAGCAUAUUUACGAUGACAUUUUCACAAAUGCAUGCCUUAAUUCUUGUGUUGGCUGUGGUAUGUAAACAGCGUAAGCGGAUGACUUCCAGCGGCCCAAGGUUUUUAUGAUGUGAACCGGGAUGUCUAGGCCUGAGGCUGUGGAGGCUGCCCCUAUCCGGAAUGAAUGCCCAGAAUAGUUUGCGGCGUUUAAGCCGAGUCUGGUCAAUAGUAAGCGAAUAUACAUCACAAAUUUGGCGGUAGUGAGUGCUGUGCCGUGCAGUGAAAGGAGAGCGAGUGAGGUUCGUGUAGGUGAUGACUGUAGAUAGUUGUUAAAAACUUUCACCGGGCACCAUGCGUUGUUGGUGGGGUAGUAUUGAAUAAGAACCUCGUGCCCCAUCUGGCUGGUCUUAGUUGAAGGUAAGCUUAAUACGUAGUGGUCCUGUUUUUUGUACAAGUUAGAAUACCGGAGGCAAUGCUUGGACUCGUGUUGCCUAGUAAUGGUAAAUUCUCUGGGUCGUAAGAAACCGUAAAAAGCCAAGUAUAUGGCCGUUUUAAGAGUGGUGUUAAGGGGUUCGAACGGUGUGGUAUCUAGUAGGUUUGACAAACGUUUAAACAGUUGAAUGUCUAUAGGCUCCCUACGUUGCGGUGUAGGUCCUUGCGAUUUGAGCAUACCCCUAAGGAGGGUUUUAAUGGGGUAGGAGGUGAGAAACCCUUGGUUGUUAGGAUGUUCUGUGAACAUAUGAUGUUGGAUACCUGUGAGGUAUAGUUUUGUGGUAUUAUGCGACAUUUUUAACUUAAUGUGGCAAAAGUGGCAAAAGCCACCAAUGUUACAUUGUCAAACCAAUUUGUGAGAUUAUGGUCUGCCAUGAAUUUCUUGUAUAGGUAGUAAGCUCUAUCAUAUGCGCUAUGCGUGUUUUUUGCGAGAGCGAGUUUUGUAAGUAUCUUGCUGUGUUGUAAUAAUUCCUCUAGUCCAUGAUUAGAUCCUGGAGUUGGGGAGCGAUCGUGGCUACCGGUGACGCUGUUGGUAGAGACUCCCUGAACGCCUGAAACUGAAAGCGGGACAGCUGGUCAGCGGCUGUAUUAUAGAUACCCGGUACAUGGUAACAUACUAGAUGAAACUGAUGACAGGCCGCCAACCACGUAAGACGUCUGAUAAAACUCAUGAUGGUUAGAGAGGUAGACCGGCCUUUGUUUAUGACGUGGCAAAUCGCCAAGUUGUCAGAAAAACAUCGAACUGGUCUACCUGCCCAAGACUGUCCCCAUGUGACUGCUGCUGCUACUAUGGGGUACACUUCAAAGAGUGCAGAAUUCCUAAAAAAGCCUUCUAUUUGCUUAACUUCUUCCGGCCAUCUACCCCAUAGCCAGUUGUCCCCAAAAAUGGCUGCAAAACCUGUGGAGGCUGCUGCGUCAGUCCAAAUGGUAGGGGAAUCCUCUGUGACUUGGGGGAGGAACAUGCUCCUGCCAUUCCAGUUUGACAGGAACAAGUUCCACAUGUGUAAGUCUGCUGUGGCUUGCCUAUCAAGAGUGGUACGUUUGUGUUCGUCCGUUAGUGUUGGAAGAAGGCACAGGAGUCUGGAAAUGAAUGCUCUUCCUUGGGGUAUAAUACGAAUGGCAAAAUUUAGUGAGGCAAUCAGUGACUGAAGCUCUUUCCUAUUGCAUGAGCCUAUGCACAAGUACUGCUCAAUGGUCUGAGUGAUGUUGUCAAUCUUAUCUCUAGGGAGGCUGGCUUCCAUAGUUAUGGAGUCCAGUUGUAUCCCCAAAAACUGAAUGAUUGUAUCUGGACCUUCUGUCUUGGUGGGAGAUACUGGAACCCCAAUGGUGUUAAAUAAAUGCAUGGCUUUGUGUAAACUGUUAGGGGGGGUAGUGUUAUUUUCUAUGAAAAGGAAGUCAUCCAAGUAAUGAAUGACGCUAUGGCACCUGCUGGUAUUCAGGAGCAGCCAGCACAAGGUCUCUGUGAAAGUGUCAAAUAUUUUAGGACUGCUCUUGGAUCCAAAGGUGAGCCUUGUGAAGAAGUAAUACUGGCCUCUCCAUUUGAUACCAUGCAAAUGCCACAGCGACGGGUGUAUGGGGAGUAGUUUAAAGGCGUUAACUAUGUCGGUUUUGCUCAACCAUGCGCCUAUGCCUGCUGAGAUGAUGGUGGAUAUAGCGUCGUCUAUGGUGGUGUAUUGUAAAGAGAAUGCCUCUGACGGGAUCAGGGAAUUGAGGCUGGGUAUCACCGAAGCAUGUGGAGCAGACAGGUCUAUAAUGAGUCUUUGUUUGUUAGAUGUUUUCCCAGUGACUAGUCCAAUGGGAUUUGUUCUCCAAUUAGAGAACGGCGGGUCAAUAAAUGGACCUAAGACAAAUCCUUGGUCUUGUUCAAUUUGUAGUAGGUAGUCUACUGCGUCUGUGUCACAAAGGGCGGACUGGAGGUUGUUGGCUUCCCAUGUACCCCCUGGUAUGUGAAUGAGGCCAGUAUGAAACCCUUUAGAAAACCCUGCAAUCAAAUACUCCACAAGAUGUGUAGAAGGGUGCUUGGAGAGAAGCCCUGCCAGAACAUCAACAUUCACAGUAGUUAGGUAGGGUUUAAUGUGCAUUUUAUUAGGGCACAUAGCCUUUGCAUGUGCCCUGAAACAAUGGGAGCAGAUAUGCAGUAGACGGCAAGCACUAUAGGAGCAAGCCCCAACAUUAAAAUUAUUACAGAUCUGUGACUUGCCCAAAUACACGAUAGGGCGACCCAGCUUGUCUCUGCCCUGUUUCUCCCCCCUGGAAGUGCUUGGUGUGGCAAUGUUUGGGGCAUCGUCUGUGGGGACAGGACAGAGAUUUGCAGCGUGCGUGGUAGCCCCACAUAUUGCACAAGCUGGAGACCUUAGCCCGGCAAAGUGCCUGAGGAACAGCUCUGUAUCCAUUAGGCUCCAAUCCAUUCUUGCGUUGUACUGGGCGAGAGCUGUUGCCGCUUUAGUUGAAAAAGAACGGUGGUAAUCGUAAAAUGAUGACCCACCGUAUUUGUUGCCCAGGUCUACCAGCUUGUGCAUGUACAGGUCUAACUCUUCCCUUCUCUGUGGGUAAACUGAGCACAGUACGUCCCUGUAUAUGCCGAAUGUGAUAACGAAGUCUGGGAUUGCUAGUUUUUGCUUAGUCUAGGAUCUCUGGCCUUGAGGACCACAGAAAUAUCGCCAUACGUAUAUGCGCGGUUCUCUGUGAUAUCCUGGGAGGCAAUAAGCAGAGAGACUAGAUUUACAUCCUUGCCCUCCAGGAUGUCUUUUCUAAGGUUUGCUGGUACCAUAUGGGCUGGGUUGAUCACUUGUGACCCAAGGAUAGUGGGGGUAUUAGGAUUACCAGGUUGGGCUUGUGAUGGCCCUGGGAUAUCGGUAGCAGGUGGCUCUGGUGUCACAACUGGACCGCUACGAGCUUCCAGUCUUUCCAGUCUCUCAUUUAUCUGCCCCAUGGAAGACACUAGUGAGGCGACCAUGGUAUGCAGAUUAGCAUUGCUUGAAUUACUAGUGCCUUCCCUGGCGUCAGAAUUGUCCUGAUUGGCUUGCAUAAGCCUGUACAAUUCUGCCUUGCGGGCCGUAGCUGGAUAAGGAAUACUACGUUUGCGUAGUUCGGCCGUGAUCCGUGGGAUGGUCCAUGAUCUAAUAGAUGACGGGCUGCCGAUGUCCCCUUUGCGUGUGGGGGUGGCAGUCCUGGUCGGUGUACUAGGCAUUGAUAGUUCAUCUCCUUCUUCAUGAACUUGGGACAUACUGAAAUAUAUACGUAUGUAAUCGUGAGUUUCAUUAUGGAGAGUGUAAAAUGUUUAACUAGUGCCAAAGUGGCGAAAUAAUUCAUUAAACUUGUGGCAGGUGAGUCCCUAUUAAAUGCCAAGUGGCUAGUAGGAUUUAACUAUGGUUGGCGCGUGGGGUUGAUCUGUUGUACGUGUUUUACCAGUGGAGAUUUUAUCGUUAAUUGAGGGUUAUGACGGAUGACGCCCUAGCUAUGCAACAUGCGAGGCGUCUAGCUAUGAUUUGGCCCGUGGGGGUUUAAUACCUCUUACAUCGAGGAUGGAAGUUGGCCUCGGGGGACCUCUAACCCUAUGGCAGAAGGUGCCUGGGAGGAGAAUUACUUAAGUGGGCAUGUUGAUGUUUCUUAUACUGGUUGCUGCAACCGAGAACUUACCUGAGUGCCCAACGUUUGCCUGGCAGUCCUGUAGUAGUUUGAUUACUGUUAGGGAGGAUGGCCUAAACCCGGUGCUGGAUGACAGAAUGGAAGGCAUAAGGUACAUAUAAGUGUGUACUGCUAUCUUGUAGCUGAAGCCUGCCCCCCCCACGUUUUGUGGUGAAUGUCCUAGGAUCACAUACCUAUGGUUGUAGGUUGAGUGCAAGUAGGUUCUGAAGGCCAAGUCCGUCUUAGUUUGGUUCUUGAGACUGUAAACACAUGUUAAACCGUUAUGGCAGUGUCCCAAAUAUCUGCUUGGCACAAAGUGCACUCGGCAUACAUUUGUGAGCAUAUGCACUGAGUGUCAUAUGACUGAUUUAAUGGGACAUACGUCGCCCAUAUGUUGUACAUACCAAGGAAGUAAUAUAAUACUUGUCUUUGUCUCGGUCUCUGACCCUGCCAGGGGAAUCAGUAUACCAGGUCACCAAAUAAAGGGAAAAUAUUCUUGAACUUUGCAAUUUGUCUAUAACCACGCAAGUAAUUCUGAAGAUUUAAUUGAAACCGUGGUGUGAGUAUAUGGUAUAUAUUCUUGAGUCACAUAGAUCCACAUAUUAGGUAGAUUAGUCACAUAAUUACCUCACAAUUUAGUGCCCGAGAACAGCUUAUAUCUGACUUAUAUGCUUUAAACAGUUGUUUCCACAAAUCUAUACGUAACCGGUUGUGCAUGAAUUAAUUGAAUACUUUAUUAUUCCUAACGUAAUAUAUAAAUCUGACCAUUUUUUAAUAUUGCCAUUGUUAACACAUAUCACAGACUUUGAAAUAUACCAGGUAACAUUACUAUUUAUAGGGCGACAUCUAGUGGUUACAACUUGUAUUGCCGUCAGCAUUGCUGUAAUUUUUUGACAUGCUUUCUGGCUGAGGCUGUGAAGGGAGCUCUGCCCGUGUGAGUGAACCCCUGUCUGUAGGUAAGUAAGAGAGGAGGGGGGAGGGGGGGGGAGGAGAGAUUUGUAAGCUGCUGAUACCCCAAAGGGUAUCAAGGAGCCUUGCAAAAUAUAGUAACUUCUAAUUUAAAAAUGUAUUUUUUUUUUUUUUUCAAUAGUUUAUGUGACAGGGCACUUGUAGGUUGGGGUGGGGGGCGGGUUGGUGCGGCUAUUGUGGCAGAAAUCGCGGACCCCCGUGAAUUAGGUCCGUGGGGGUCUUGAUUGUAUUAGCCGCCUGACCGUUACCUGCCAUGAGCCUGGGGGGGUUCCCCACUCCUGGAGAGAGGGGGAGAGGAGUUAGUAGCCGGGUCCUACGGCUGCUGUGGAGUGAGGGGGGGGGUUAGGACCCGGGUGACACAUAAACCGGCUGUUGUGUAGUGAGAGGGGGGGUUAGGAGCUGGGUUACAGAAUAACUUGAACCGGCUGCUGUGCAGUGAGCGGCAGCAGGGGGGGAGGGGGAGGGAGGGCUGGUCUGCAUGAGGCCUGAUCCCCCGGCGGGAAUCAAGCCGAAUCAGCCCUGGCGAGGGGGUUUCUGUCCCCACAAUACUGUAGCCGUGGACCUCGGCGGGUCAGGCUAUGUGUAGGCUGCAGACCGGUACAAUGAUACCGGUCUGCCAACUCACUGUUUAGUAGGGAAACCGGCAGUAGGAGCAACAGAAACUUUGAAAAUGCAGCUGUCAGGAGAAACUGAAAACCACGUUGGGAACCAGCAAUUCAAACGAGCAUCUGGACAAGACGGUGAAUGAGGUAGGAGGGGGAGUCCCUUUUAAAGGGAUAUAGCCCCUCCCACAACUUCAGGCCCUGCCUUCCAAUAUAUGAGAUGAACCUUGGCACUCACCCUAUAUUGAAGAUGCAAUGAAUAAAGCCUGGGUGCAAACCUUGGUGUUUAAAUAUAUACAAAAUUGAACAGAGGUGCACUCACAGGUCUUCAAAUGUGCUUCUAUUUAUUUUACAUGUAAAUAUACAUGUGUGCAAAAAUCCAGCAAAUCGACGUUUCGACCCCUAAAGGGUCUUUUUCAAGAUUAAUACAAUGUGCAAAUAAGUGACUAUAUAUAGAGAUAAACAUCAAAAGGACACUUACCAAAAAGAUGUGGGUGAAAGAUUCACUGUCCGUCCGAACCCGGAAGUGAGACUGUGUGCACCACGUGACCGGCGUGAUGACGCACGUGAUUACGACGUUGCUAAGCAACGAUAGUAAACAAAGCUGCUAACAUGUGAGGCAGGACGUGCAGUGUGAUAAGAGUGAAUAGAUCCGAUCACUAAAGGGUGAUCUCCAUAAAAUUAUGCAUACAUAACACAUAUGGAGGAGAGGAGAGUGAAAUAGUAUUUCUAAAACACAUUAUGUAUAUAUAUGUGUACUUGCUGCCACCAGUUACCAUCCCAAACAUUUAAAGGACUCUCUACCCAUUUCCCAGUACAUGCGGGUACUAAGGUAUAACAGCGAACAUAAGAACAGAGAGACUCAACUUAUGGAUAUGACACACAGAUUCCAAGAAAGAGGGUACCAAAUGAACAUCCUGGAGGAUGCUAAGGCUAGAGCAAUUGAGAAAUGGAGUCAGGAAAUACAAAGUUCAUCUAAAAAACUAAAAGGUGACAGUACAAAGAUCUACCUACCACUUACUUUCCAUACAGGUUCUACACAAAUUUGUCGCUCCAUUGACAGACAUUGGGACAUGUUACGUGCGGACAAACAACUAUCUCCCAUAUUUCGAUCUAAACCCACCAUCAGCUACAAGAGAAAUAAAAACUUAAGGGACAUUCUGGUCCGUAGUGAUCCUAUACAGAAUUAUAAGAAAACUACCAUACAAAGGAAACACGGAUGCUAUAAAUGCAGUGGCUGUGUCACAUGUAGUCACAUGAUUUCUGGCAAUUCCUUUGCCCAUCCACAUAGUGGAAAAAGAAUUACCAUUCCACAUUACAUCACAUGCACUACGGACCAUGUGAUUUAUCUCAUCACAUGCCCAUGCGGAUUAGCAUAUGUGGGGAAGACAGACCUUACUCUAAGAGACCGUAUUCGAGGACACAGGUCGGGUAUUAUGACGGCUUUCAGAGACCAAAAAACAGACAAGCCGGUGGCUAAACAUUUUUUAGCUGCCUCACAUAGACUGCCUACACUUAAAUUCAUGGCUAUAGACCAUGUCCCCCCUUUAUCUCGUGGGGGUGACAGGUCUAAAAUAUUACUCCAAAGAGAAGCCUAUUGGAUAUUCAAAUUGGACACGGUUACCCCUAAAGGCUUGAAUGAGUAUAACACGUUUUCCAUGUUUCUAUGAUAUGUUUAGUUUACAUUGAUAUAUAUAUUUUUUUUGUUGUAGUAUUAUUAUUAUUGUGAUGGCUUCCAUACAUUUCCGAUUUGAUCCAUAUAUGGGCAGUGUUGAUGAUGCAUUAGAUUUAUCUCCACACUGCCAAUAUAGAACUAGAUACCUGAGACCUUAGCUCAGUACUCAUGCUAUAUAAUACGGUUGGUUAUUCUCAUUAUCUAUGGAUGUAUCCAUGUUCUCCCAAUGUUCAUAUGCUGUAAGUUGUGUAUAUAUAUAUAUUAGACAUGUUCACAUGUUCAGGGACUAUUGUGCUUUGCCUCUUUUUCUCUUUAUAUGUGGCAUUUAUAUACACACUUAUAGAGGUUCUCUGUCCCUUUAAUAUUCUGUACCUAUAUUGCUGUGGCAUAAAUAACCUAUUUAGCACAUAUUUUCUGCACUUUAUCUAACUAUUACAUUUCUGUAUGGUAUACAUAAUGUGUUUUAGAAAUACUAUUUCACUCUCCUCUCCUCCAUAUGUGUUAUGUAUGCAUAAUUUUAUGGAGAUCACCCUUUAGUGAUCGGAUCUAUUCACUCUUAUCACACUGCACGUCCUGCCUCACAUGUUAGCAGCUUUGUUUACUAUCGUUGCUUAGCAACGUCGUAAUCACGUGCGUCAUCACGCCGGUCACGUGGUGCACACAGUCUCACUUCCGGGUUCGGACGGACAGUGAAUCUUUCACCCACAUCUUUUUGGUAAGUGUCCUUUUGAUGUUUAUCUCUAGAUAUAGUCACUUAUUUGCACAUUGUAUUAAUCUUGAAAAAGACCCUUUAGGGGUCGAAACGUCGAUUUGCUGGAUUUUUGCACACAUGUAUAUUUACAUGUAAAAUAAAUAGAAGCACAUUUGAAGACCUGUGAGUGCACCUCUGUUCAAUUUUGUGCAUAUAUAUAUAUAUAUAUAUAUAUAUAUAUAUAUAUAUAUAAAUGUGUGUGUGUGUGUGUAUGUAUGUAAUUUUAUUCUAACAGUAUUUUGAUAUUAAUAUAUAUAUAUAUAUAUAUAUAUAUAUUUAUAUCAAAAUACACUUAGAAUGUAAUGAAAUAUAUAUCUAUGUAUAAAUAAAAAUAAUACGAAAUAUACAUAUGUAUAUAAUUACAUAAAUAAUUUCAUAAAUAUACACGUAGACGUCAAAUAUAUAAAUAUGUGUGUGUGUGUAUAUAUAUAUAUAUUAAAAUUCUACAUGCAUAUUUAUGUAAUAUUUUUACCUAAUUAAGUAAUUUUAAUGGUUGCAAUUUGAGGGACAUGCCAGACAACCCAGGCUGAAAGUCUAGAGAAUUUAAUUUGCUAGCACUGUGUUUAACCCUGUAACUUUCUAUGGCACCCUAAAACCUGUACAUGGAGGUACUAUUUUACUUGGGAGACUUCGCUGAACACAAAUAUUAGUGUUUCAAAAAAGUAAAACAUAUCACAGCGACGAUAUUGUCAGUGAAAGUGACGUUUUAUGCAUCUUUCACACACAAACGGCACUUUCACUGAUAUUAUUGCUGUGAUACAUUUUACUGUUCUGAUACACAAAUAUUUGUAUUCAGCGAAGUCUCCUGAGUAUAACAGUACCCCAUAUGUAGAGGUUUUAUAGUGUUUGUGAAAGUUACAGGGUCAAAUAUAAGGCUUGAUUUUACUUUUUCUUUUUUGUUUUAUUGACAUUUGUCAGAUUGCUUAGGUUGCCUUUGAGAGCGUAUGGUUGCCCAGGAAUGAGAAUUACCCCCAUGAUGGCAUACCAUUUGCAAAAGAAGACAACCCAAGGUAUUGUAAAUGGGGUAUGUUCAGUCUUUUUUAGUAGCCACUUAGUCGCAAACACUGGCCAAAGUUAGCGUUUUUUGCAUUUUUAACACACAAACAAAUAUAAAUGCUAACUUUGGCCAGUGUUUGUGACUAGGUGGCUACUAAAAAAAGACUAGACAUACCCCAUAUUGAAUACCCUGGGUUGUCUACUUUAAAAAAAUAUGUACAUGUGAGGUGUGAUUCGGGGAUUUAUGACAGAUAACGGUGUUACAAUGUCACUAUUGAUAAAUUUAAAAUAUAUAUAUAUUGAAACAGCAAUUUCCUACUUGUAUUUAUAGGCCUAUAACUUGCAAAAAAAAGCAAUAAAGCAUGUAAACACUGGGUGUUUUUAAACUCAGGACAAAAUUUUGAAUCUAUUUAGCAGUUUUUUUCAUUAGCUUUUGUAGAUAAGUAAAAGAUUUUUCAAGUAAAAGUCCAAAAACAUGUUUUUUUUUCAAUUUUUCACCAUAUUUUAUUAUUUUUUUUAAAUAAAAUAUAUGACAUGAUACAAAUAAUGGUAUGUAAAGAAAGCCCUUCUUGUCCUGAAAAAAACAAUAUAUAACUUGUAUGGGAACUGUAAAUGAGAGAGAGGAAAAUUACAGCUAAACACAAACACCACAAAAGUGUCAAAACUGCUCUGGUCCUUAACGUACAACAUGGCCAAAACAGUCCGGCCCUUAAGGGGUUAAUAAAAGUGUAUUUAUUUAUAUAAAAAUAAUCCAUAAAUAAAUAGAAAAUAAAAUAGAAAAAUAUUAAAAAUACAUUUUAAAAAACAUAUAUACAGUUUUAAUUUGUUCUAACUGCAUUUUGAGAUUAAUAAGCAUAUAUUAAAUUCAAAAUACAUUUAGAAUGACAUAAAAUAUAUAUAUAUAUAUAUAUAUAUAUAUAUAUUUAUAUAAUAUUUUUACAUAAUUUAAUCAUUUUAUUAAUUACAAUCUGAGGGACCUGCCUGACAACCCAGGCAAAAAGUCCAGAGAAUUUGGCUUGCAAGCCCUAUAUUUAAACCUGUAGCUUUCCAGGACACCAUAAAACCUGUACAUGGGGGUUACUGUUUUACUCUGGAGACUUCGCUGAACACAAAUAUUAGUGUUUAAAACAGUAAAACAUAUCACAACGAUGAUAUCGUCCGUAAAAAUGCAUUUUUUUUGCAUUUCUCACACACAAACUUUACUUCCACUGACAAUAUUGUUAUGAUACGUUUUACUAUUUUUAAACACUAAUAUUUGUGUUCAGCGAAGUCUCCUGAGUAUAACAGUACCCCCCUAUGUACAGGUUUUAUGGUGUUUUCAAAAGUUACUGAGUCAUUAUAAGGCUUGAAUUUCCUUUUUUCACAUUGAAAUUUGCCAGAUUGGUUAUGUUGCCUUUGAGACCGUAUGGUAGCCCAGGAAUGAGAAUUACCCUCAUGAUGGCAUACUGUUUGCAAAAGUAGACAACCCAAGGUAUUGCACAUGGGGUAUGUCCAGUCUUUUUUAGUAGCCACUUAGUCACAAACACUGGGCAAAAUUAGUGUUCAAUUCAGUUUUUUUGGCAUUUUUCACACACAACAAAUUUGAAUGCUAACUUUGGCCAGUGUUUGUGACUAAGUGGCUACUAAAAAAGACUGGACCUACCCCAUUUGCAAUACCUUGGUCUACCAUCUGUAGACCAAAAAAGUUGAACCAGAACAUUGCUGCCUUUCGAGAAAUUUUUCAAUUCAGCUAUUUUGGCCUUAAAUUUGAAAUUCACUGUGAAUUCUCUCUUUAGCGAAUAAUGCUGUAAGUGUUCACAGUAUUCCGUUUGCUGCCAUUAAUGUAGGUUUGCUGUUCAGCUCAUUUAUACAGGCAUAGCCUCUGCCUUCCUUUUUUUGGUUUUAUUGAUGUGCCAUAUAUUAUGUUUAUCGACAUACAGAGAAUGAAUUGCUAUGCUCACUGCAAUUUGUAUGGUUAUAACACUGCAAUAUUGUCAUAAAAUGACUCACUGCCAUGACUGUGCAUUUGAGCUCUGUGAUGGAAUAUACCUUUAUUCCAAUGUUCAGCGUAAAUAAAUUAAGGCCUACAUCUGAUGUCCUUUAUAUGUAAUUAACUUUUUCUCUUUAAAAAGCUGUAUACGUGUCAGCAUAAGUUGCUUUCUCUGUGUAUUCUAGCCCCCACCGGAGCACUUAUUUUGAGAAACUAUACAUUGUGUGACUGUUUGAUAGCUAAUUUUGUCUCUCCGACCUUCCUAUCUUAUGAACCACAUAUUGUUUGGUAAACUAAUUUUUAUAUCUUAUGAAUUAACUAAUUUUUAUCUUUUGACUUUCCUAUCUUUAACUACAUUAUUUAUUGUUAAACUUUUAUUUUUAACCCCUUCAGGACGUAGUCAAUAGUACAUGUUCUGAUCAAAACAAAAUGUAAACAAAAACUGGAAUUUGCACUAAUAUGUCUGUUCAACCGUAAUUCACCUCUUUCAUAUUAAGUGCACCCACACUUGUUAUAUAUCAUUUUGUUCAGGAUAAACUGGGCUUUAAUUUCUCAUGAACUAUUCAUAUUUUAAACAUUAAUUUAUUAUGAAUAAAAUAAAAAAUAUAAAACUGUGAGAAAUUAAGAUUUUAAAAAAAAAAUUGUAGUUCCGCCUGACAUUUUAGCUGUAAAUGUCACAAUACUGUUAACUUUAACUGCAAAGAAAACCACAUAUUUGGAUUCAGCAAAGUCUCACGAGUACAACAGUACCCCCCAUUAACAGUUUUUAUGGUGUUUAGGAAAGUUACAGGGUUAAAUAUAGCACUUCCCAUUUUUUCAAAUUGAAAUUUGCCAGAUUAGUAAUGUUACCUUUGAGACCGUGUGGUAGCCCAGGAAUUACCGCCAUGAUGGCAUACCAUUUGCAAAAGUAGACAACACAAGGUAUUGCAAGUGGGAUGUAUCCAGUCUUUUUUAGAAGCCACUUAGUCACAAACACUGACCAAAGUUAGCGUUCAUAUUUGUUUUUGUGUGAAAAAAACAAAUAUUUGGAGAGUGUUUGUGAAUAAGUGGCUACUAAAAAUGACUGGACAUACCCCAUUUGCAAUACCUUGGGUUGAAACAACACAAAAAAUGGUGGAUUGGCGCUAAAGAGCCAGAGAAUAUGCAACUACCCCCAGUGCCCAAAAUCACUAAAUGGCACUCAGAUAUAAAGUGAUAGAAAGAAAAGUAUAAGGGGGGUGCACAUAAAGUAAAGAGAAAAUAUAUUUAUAUUUAGUAUAAGUAGGACACCUCCUGAUUGACCCAUAAUAAAAACACAUAUAUAGUGUAAUACUGUUAUAUACAGAGCAUUGGUUAGUCACAGGUAUUGGGUCACUCACAGUAUGUAGAGCCACAUGAAGCUGGCUCUAACUUUGGUGGCAGAUGAAUAAUAAGCUUAUUCUGGCUUUCAGCUUUCCAAGCAGGUCUGCUUCUUUUCCGAGCCUUUCAAUAAAUUCCAGGACAUCCAGUAACCUUAAACAAAUGGUAACUUUACUGGUUAAAAUACAGGAAAAGCUAAACUAUAACAAAGUCCACAGCACUAACGCGUUUCGACCUCCAGGUCUUUAUCAAAGUGUGAUGUGAUACACUUUGAUAAAGACCUGGAGGUCGAAACGCAUUAGUGCUGUGGACUUUGUUAUAGUUUAGCUUUUCCUGUGUUUUAACCAGUAAAGUUACCAUUUGUUUAUUGUUACUGGAUGUCCUGGAAUUUAUUGAAAGCCUGGGAAAAGAAGCAGACCUACUUGGAAAGCUGAAAGCCAGAAUAAGCUUGUUAUUCAUCUGCCACCAAAGUUAGAGCCAGCUUCAUGUGGCUCUACAUACUGUGAGUGACCCAAUACCUGUGACUGACCAAUGCUCUGUAUAUAACAGUAUUACACUAUAUGUGUGUUUUUAUUAUGGGUCAAUCAGGAGGUGUCCUACUUAUACUAAGUAUAAAUAUAUUUUCUCUUUACUUUAUGUGCACCCCCCUUAUACUUUUCUUUCUAAUACCUUGGGUUGUCUACUUUUGCAAAUGGUAUGCCAUCAUGGAGGUAAUUCUCAUUCCUAGGCUACCAUACGGUCUCAAAGGCAAUGUAACCAAUCUGGCAAAUUUCAGUGUGAAAAAAAUGAAAUGCAAGCCUUAUAUUUGACUCUCUUACUUUCCAAAACACCAUAAAACCUGUACAUAGGGGGUACUGUUAUACUUGGGAGACUUCACUGAACACAAACAUAAGUGUUUCAAAACAGUAAAACAUAUUACAACAAUAAUAUCGUCAGUAAAAGUAACGUUCAUGUGUGAAAAAUGCAAAAAACUUCACUUUUACUAAAUAUAUAAUCGUUGUAAUACAAGUUACCAUUUCGAAACACUAAUAUUUGUGUUCAACGAAGUCUCCUGAGUAAAACAGUACCCCCCAUGUACAGGUUUUAUGGUGUCUUGGAAAGUUACAGGGUUAAAUAUAGUGCGUGCAAAUUAAAUUCUCUGCACUUUCUGCCUGGGUUGUCAGGCACGUCAAUCAAAUUUUCAUUAAUUAAAUCACAUAAUUAUGUUAAAAGAUUACUUAAAUAUACACGUCGAAUUUUAAUAUAUAUAUACAUAUAUAUGUAUUUAAAUUCUACGUGUAUACUUAUGUAGUUAUUUAUGUAAUAUUAUAUAUAUAUAUAUAUAUAUAUAUAUAUAUAUAUAUAAAUAUUUGCAGUUAUUUGUAUUUUAUAUAUAGAUAGAUAUAUAUAGAAUGUCAUUCUAAGUGUAUUUUGUCACCAAUAUAUAUUAAUAACAAAAUAGAGUUAGAAUGAGAUUACAUAUGUAUAUAUAAUUUAUUUUAAUUUAAAUUUUUUAUUUAUUGUAAUUAUACGUGUGUGUGUGUGUGUGUGUGUGUGUAUGUAUGUAUAUAUAUGUUGUAUAUAUGUAACGUCAUUCUAAGUGUAUUUUAAUACUAAUAUAUGUACUUAUAUUAACAUUAAAAUACACUACGUAUGACGUUAUAUAUAUAUAUAUAUAUAUAUAUAUAUAUAUAUAUAUAUAUAUAUAUAUAUAUAUAUAUAUAUAUAUAUAUAUAUUAAUUACACACUUAUUUUAUUUUAAACAUGUUUAAUAUUUUUUUUUUAAUACUUCCCACCAGCAGGGGGACUUUCUGACAUUUCAGACAGUCCCCCUGCUGCAGAUCCACAGCCAGCUAUAGGGGGCCAUGUGAUCACUCUUUGAGAGCGAUCACAUGGCCCCCAGGUGCCUGAUUUGCCGGGGGAGGGCUGCCUGGGCAGUCCUUUCGAAGAGGAUCGCGGCGGAGGUAAGUAAAUUUUACCUCCUGCGGCUGAAAGCCAUUACGGCAUUCUAUGCUGCCGCAACGGCUUUAAAGCCCAUUUAAAUGGGGAUGGCAUAGAACGGCGUUAAGGGGUUAAACUUUCAAGGUAAACUGCAACAAUAUUGUGUAUAAAAACAUACUUCUUUGAAUAAACGAGCAGGAAGUAAUUCUGGACAACCAUCUGUGUCGUGUGUUAAUUGCUUCUCCAGGUGCCUGGUAUAAUUUGGAUUCCCAUGAAUAUAAGUAUUGGAUCCUUUGUCCAUGUCAGCUCCUUCCAGAGAUGUUAUUUUAUUUGCACAGCCAGAUGCAUUCUAAUCAUUCUCUCUACAAAGAGAGGCUGGAAAUGCUUGGCCUGGGGGGGCAAGUAGAAGUUAAUUGCCUUUUUUACAUCACAGAUCACAGUUGGUUUCAUACUCACAUGCAGUCUCAUCCUGCAGUCACAUGCAAACACCUUUAGGAACAUUAUAUAAGCUCAUCUUAGUCUGGCAGCCUGAUCAAACCCAAUACUUCAGACCACUGGUGAAUGUCUCAGCAGGCUAAUCCAAGCCUGGAUAGUAUCGAGAGCACAGCCCAUGCACUGACCCACAUAGUGUUAGGCUAUCAAAGACCAUGAACAACUCCUACCUGUUGGCUUACUCCUGCAGAACUGUGACAACAGACAUUCCAACACACUUUCAGAAGAAUGGGUUGCAGCCCACAUUCAUCUUGCCAGCCCUUCCAUUCUACUGGUCCAGGAGGCAACUGACCCCUGCCCUCCUUUCCAGCCCUCUAUGUCCCACAUUUAUACAGCUCAGCAGUACUCCAAAACCAGCUGAACUGUACUAUGUUAUUUCCAUAUAGAUGUUUUCACAAGGCUUUGCUUCUUUUUUGGGGGGGUUAAUCUUCUAAUACUCUCCACAACUGAAUGUUUUGACCAUGCAGCUCAAUGAUACUUGUGUCUAGCUUAAAUGCUCAGUGCUGCCUGAUUUACGUGAUAUUAUAUGCAAAACCUUUAUUUUAUUGUUGAGAAAAUCUGUUUUUCAGUCAUGCAUGUAGCACUGAAAUAUUAUUUAUAUUUAUUUAUUUAUAUAUAUAUAUAUAUAUAUAUAUAUAUAUAUAUAUAUAUAUAUAUACACACACACAACUACUUAUUUUCAUCUCUAUACAUUUGCUUUACAAUACUCACUGCCAUUAUUUAUAGUGUGUGUGUGUGUGUGUGUGUGUGUGUGUGUGUGUGUGUAUGUAUGUGUGUGUGUGUGUGUGUAUAUGUAUAUAUAUAUAUGUAUAUAUAUGUAUGUAUGUAUGUGUGUGUGUAUAUAUGUAUAAUUUUCCACGUCCUGCACUCACUGCUCCCGGUCUUGUAAACGCCUGGGUGCAAACUCCAACCUUCAGAAUAUAUAGAACCUUGUUGAAGUGCACUCGCAGGACUCCGUAGCAUUUCUAAUCGUGCUUAUUUAUUGAAGCAUCAACUAUUACAAAAAAAAUUCUACGUUUCAGUCUUAUCUGGACUUUUUUCAAGACAAUUUGAUGUUGUGAGGAAAUUCAUUACAUACCCUGUAGUAUAACAUGAUUGGAGGGUGAGAAGUGAAAACGAGGUUCAAUCAAGUAAUAAAUGACAUAUGGAAUGUGAAAAAAAGGAAGAAAUCUUAAGUGAGGCAAUUACCAACCCUCACUGAAGUGAAUAAUUAAGUGGGUGGUAGUGCUGAGACAUAAUGUCUAUAUACAAAUAAUUACAUAUUUACAACUAUAUACAAAAAUUGUAACAUAUUCCACACAGAGAAUAUGCAAGGAAUCAAUUACCGUGAACUAUUGAGCACUACUCCUAUGUUUAGCAAAUGUGUAAACGCAAAGGUGGGACAUGAUCUGAAGAUGCAAUUUUUAGGUGAUCACCCCCCUCUGUCAGUUUAGUAGUAAUUAUGUCGAGCUAUUGGUAUUCCUUUGACUUAUGAUUCAUUUGGUUGAAUAAAUCUGUGGAUCAUAACAACAAAUGUGUUAUACAAGAACUGUUUAAUUUUUGAACAUAGACACAAUUCAGCAAAUGUGUAAACGCAUUAUGAGUACAAUUUUUCCAUGUUAGUAAUGCAGAGAAAUCAAUUGCCUUGAUAUUGAUAAAUUCAGAUGAAUAUAACUGAUACUGAAAAGCACAUAGGAGUAGUGCUCAAUAUUUCAAGGUAAUUGAUUCCUUGCAUAUUCUCUAUGUGGAAUAUGUUACAAUUUUUGUAUAUAGUUGUAAAUUUCUAAUUAUUUGUAUAUAGACAUUAUGUCGCAGCACUACCACCCACUUAAUUAUUCACUUCAGUGAGGGUUGGUAAUUGCCUCACUUAAGAUUUCUUCUUUUUUUCACAUUCCAUAUGUCAUUUAUUACUUGAUUGAACCUCGUUCACUUCUCACCCUCCAAUCAUGUUAUACUACAGGGUAUGUAAUGAAUUUCCUCACAACAUCAAAUUGUCUUGAAAAAAGUCCAGAUAGGACUGAAACGUCGACAUUUAUUUUGUAAUAUUUGAUGCUUCAAUAAAUAAGCACGAUUAGAAAUACUACUGAGUCCUGCGAGUGCACUUCAACGUGUGUGUGUGUGUGUGUCUCCCCCCAUUAUUAUUUUACUAUAGGACAAAUAUUAUAGGGCUUCGAAAGUCAAAUAACAAAACUGUAGGAAAAGGUCCAUAAAUUAAAAAAAAAAAAAAAAAAAAACAGGAACAGAUACUAGGCUUUGAACGAAUUCCAAAAUAAUCAACUUUUAUAUUGUAAGUAAUUAACAGAACAUAAUCACACACAAAUAUAUAAUUUUAAAUAGUUUGCAUUUCUACCAGAUUGCAUUGCGUUAGCUCAUUUAUAGAAAUAAUGGUACCGACCAAUCCUAUUUUCAUCUAGUGCAUAAAAUCCUAGAAUUUUCUUUGACCAGUACCUGUAAAAAGUUAACCAUUUGAGUGAAACCAAUGGCUUGUAAUAUGUUCAUAUUUCCACGUGAUAUAUUUAUUUACCCUUUGAUUUGUGGAAGAGUGAGGAACACUGUUAUAGGAAAGUGUUUCUCAGCUAAUGUUUAUCAUAACAAUUGGGCACACACAUAUAAAGAGCAAUGGCUGGGCGGUAUUUUCAACGGUAAAAUGUUUGCUCCACUUUUAGAAUAUUGUUGAAUAACUCUCUUUAAAAAAGAUAGUGUAUUCAUAGCCCAAUUGUCUAACCUAACUAUAUUACGAAAUAUUUGUGAGGUUUUGUUUGAAGAACUCCAUUGGUGAUUAAUUCAUAUUUUAAUAGUUGCCCAGAAUACUUGGCUCAAAGGUGAAAAUUUAUCUCCAGUAGCCAAGUUAUGGAACAUGGUAACAUACCUUAUUACAUAAAGCCAUUAACUUUAGUAGGAUUAUAUGUAAGAUCACUGAGGUCAGAUUCUCAUCCAUCCAUACCCCUAUGCUACAUAUUUUAUCAUCUGUUUUAUUAUUUAUUGAUUCGUUUAUCUCCCUCCUUAAUAAAACAGUUAAUGGAUUAGUCAGUCUGCUCAGCAAAUCGGCUUGAAAAUUCCUCAGGUACCAUUGGGUUGCACAGGUUGAGUAACUGGUCGUAAACAUACUGUAGGGACAGUGAUACUGCUAUGGAAGUUGUUGCAUUGCUGGAUUUUUCCUGGGAAAGAUGACUGUUGGAUUAGGUCAUUGUUCUGUUUUUCGAGGACACUUUUUUAGUUUAUGUAGGGCUUCCAGAUGUCUCCUAAUAUCUAGAGAUAUGGCAAAUAAUGUGCUACACCUGCUUCUUCUGCAUCCAUGUCUCAAAUGCACACAAAGCCUUAUUUCUCUGCAUCAUUCUUCCACUUUUUUGGAGUUUCUUCUAGAAUUUUUAAGUCAUUUUAUUUUUUGCAUUUUGCAGCUUUGUUAAAUAACCAUCAUUGUGCUGUAUCACCUCUGCUCUCUGUCAAGCCUGCAGUAUGCACAGGUACAAGAAUUGUACUUGAAGCACAGGUCCUCUAGUAGCUCCUUGUGUAUGAUGCAUUUUCUUCUGCCAACAGACACUGGUUUAACUGGGACAUGAUCCAUGGACUUGCUGCGUUCCCUUGUUUCGGUAUCUUUGAUAAGAUAUGUUUUGACAGGGGGUACAGGAGAGUUACAGUAGCCGCAGUAUAGCCUGUCCUCCAAUGGUUGCCGACGAGCAGAUGUUAAAUACGCCACAAUGUUACUCAGACUGAGAUUUUUUUUAAGUUCAGGUCUUCUCUUGUAUCUCUCUCUGCACUGAGGGCAAGAGUAUUCUCUGUGUUUCUGCUCGUCCCAAUGUUUGUUAAUGCAGACCAAGCAGAAGCUAUGUCCACAGGUCAGUGUUACAGGCUCUGCGUAAAUGCUCAAACAAAUGGAACAGUUUAGCUCAUCCCUGAGAUUAGCAGACGCCAUCUGCGUAUCCAGUAACAGGCAAUUAAACUGGCUUCUUCUCUGUUUUCUUAUAAAGCCAGUUGAACUGUUUUUAACUUUUAUACACAGGGCGUGUGCAGAGUUUAUUGAGACCAUUCCCUUUAUGUUGAAAACCUGCACAAACCUGUAUUAUCUGGUAAGGAACUGGUAGAUUAUAAACCACAGCGGAUAGGUUUUUUUUUUUUUUUUUUUUUCAGCACAAGGUGUACACAGGCUUAUUUAACUGUGUGAGUACCAUUAGGGUUGCAUAAAAUAUUACCACUGUGGCUUUUGAAUUCAGGAACAUUUUUGCUAAACUAUCACUUGCUGGUUUUCAAUAAAGUUUCAUUAUUUAUACAAAAAAUAGUGUUAUUUUAAGUUUUUAUUACUUUUUCAAAAAUGUAUAUUUAGGUAGUUGCUGCUUUUUCUUUUAACUAAAAGAGGGGCUGCCACCUUUGUCUUCUCCACAACCAAGUAAGUAACAGCUCAUGGGAUUUGUGUGCUGCCAUUAGGUGCUGCAGGCCUAAUGUAGGUAUUCAAUUAAACCAUGUUUCGCUGGAAACACUGAAGAACAAAUUGCCGCUGGGGAGGGAGACUGACCAUCUUCGCUCCCAAUAACUCACUCUGCCACUGAUGAGGUGGGACGAUUCUCUCCUCUCCCUGAAGGACCAACUGUCGCUGGGAGGGAGGCUGUGUUACGCUACAGUGAUUUGGAUUUGAACUCAACUGCAGCUUGUAAACUCCCUAAUUACAAUUGUGAAGAAACGGAGAAUCUUUAAAGUAUCAAUACUGUAGCUUUAAGAAAAGAGAGAAUUGCUGGUAACUUGAUUCAAACAAAGUUUUAAUAAGUGUUAAACUUAAAUGAAUUGCAUUUAGGCAAUAAUCCAAUAAGAAGAAGUGCAAGUAAUCAACACAAAGUUCAUUAUUAAGUAUUUCCUCAGAGAUGCAUUAAGUAACAUUCUUUAAGUUCAUGAGAAUAAUCUUCAAUAGAAACAUUAAGCAAGUAGCUAAGAAUAUUUGCAAAGCAAGAACAGUUCAUAGUGAAUAAGCAUGAUGGGAGUUGUCCUCCAUAUAAUUAGUAGCUUGAAGCACUGAGUGUAUUUGCAAAGCAAGAAACAGUUCAUAGUGAAUAAGCAUGAUGGGAGUUGUCCUCCAUAUAAUUAGUAGCUUGAAGCAGUGAAGAUUUAGUAAGCAAGCAUUAGUUCAUUAUUAAAUGAUAAUGUAGACAAAUAGCUGAAAGAUAUACUUAAGGUUAAUGUGAGUAGUCCUCCAAUAGUUUAGGGCUAUGGUCCACUAGUAAAGUAAGUGAGUUUUCGUUCUCCAGUAAUCCUCUAUGACCUGAAGCAUACUUGUCUUAGUCCAGAAGGCUAGGAUGACUUCAGAGUUUAUAGAGCCGGCGUGUCCCAGGAGCUGGCGUGCAUAUUCGGAAGUAGGACCCACAUUGCCAGAGCCUGUGGAGAGGUAAGUCUGGCGGAAGUAGCUCCCAGUAUCACCAAGCACCCUCUCUCUGGUGCGGUCUCCCUAAAUACUGUUAGAGCCGCGUCAGAGGGGGGCGGGAUCCGGCUCCGCACAGCGGAGUGCCGAUCCCGGAAGUGUUACCGCAUGACAGGCUGAUACUCUCCCAUGGUUGUAAAGUCCAGCAAAUCACCAGUUUUAGGUGCCUGCUGCUGAACUGAGUCACACCGUCGUCGGUAGGCCUGUUCCAGCUCCCACUGGCUGGUGGCCAGAUGUGUCAGUUCCGGUACCAGCCCGGUAGCGCCUAAGAGAUCAAGCAUGUUUUUCCCUGUUGCCGCAGAUGAUCCAGAGUCAAAACGCUGCAGGACUUCCAAACUUUAUGUCCUCAAACACACAGGCCAGGUCCAUCGUAGUCCUCACCUUGAGCCUAUCAUCAUCAGCCAUUCAUUGGUAUUGCUGGACCGCAAACGGGUAUGCCUCUUACAGUCACAGUUCCCUCCCUACCAGGAGCCAGAGUUCUAUCAUUCACUCCUCCAGGGACUGCUCUCCCAGGAAAGGCAUGCUCAGAACCACUUGUUCAUGAGAGCACUGCUCUCAGCUUGGGAGACUCUCAGCUGAACGUGGACUCCCUACAAGACCUCAUACCAGAGUUCCUUCUGGAUUUCAUUCCUUCAGUCCAUGUAACUCUGUCGGGGUAGGGCCACAUUCCUGGGACAGAGCUGCUGGUAACAUCCACUGAAACUCCUCUUAUGGGGACGCUGCAUGGGUGCUAGCUUGCUACAUCUGCACAAAUUCCCAGAAGACGCGCCGGUGUCCAGGAACAUUUCCACAGUUGCUAGAAAGCCAUCCCAAAUGUGACAGAGCUCAUGUACUCCAACUGAGCACCUCUACUCAAUCCACUUCCUAGACGCUUGCCGGGAUCCUGGAACAGGUCAGCCCCAGUCGCCAAAGCCUGACUGAGAACACUCUGGAGCUCUUUCCUUCCAUGCAGUUAUUGUCCCCUCUGCCUCCUCCUCUGCAGCUUUUUCUUCCAGGUCCUUUUUCCCAGUCAGGUAUCCACACAUUUGCUUGUACUGUGAUCAGCUCUUGACAUUAUAGAACACUUGCCGCCCUCAGGCCUGGAUUUCCAUGGGCUAGAGGAAUCCUGCAGCCAGCCAGCAUUUACAACAACUUACUGGAAUCCCUAAAAAUCAAAAGGAACUCAGCUUUAUUUUAUUUAGGACUAGCCCAUAUUCUCGUUACAUUUAGAUCGCUGUGACAACUUCAAUAAAAUACAAAAACAAAUCCUAUCAGACAACAUAUAUGACCUUAUAAUAACAUAAUGACAGAUUUUAUAAAGGGGUGGGGAAACCAUAAAUAACACAAAAUAUCUCUUCUGCCUGCAGAAUUAGCAAUAUGCAAAUAUGCUUGAAUAAACAAAUUAACAAGUAUUCAGGUAGUGCAUAUAGCUGUUGCUACCAACAGUUGGCACUAUACUGCUUUAUAGCCAAAUCCACCUAGUUGGUAGCAAACUUCAGCAAGACAGGAGAACACACAAAGCAUUUAACAAUAAACAAAUGCGUUGCAUACAUCCUGCACCUAUAAUGGGCACAGGGUGACUUGGACAUAAAUAACAAUUUAGGAACCUUUUGUAAAGUGUCAUUCUGCUCCCAGUGAUGGUGACUACUGGCACAGUUACUCUUUAAGCUUGAUACAUUUUUUUUUUUGUUUUUGUUUUUUUAAAGCAGCAUGAUGAUGUAGACGCACGCUGUGAGAGGGGGGAGGUAGAGCUGGGCGCAAAGACAGGCAAGCAUUGUGCAGAGAGUGAUAGUGAUAGACCUGCGUGCCGUGGAAAAGACAGCGUUCAAGUGAGGAGCUGGCAGAGACCAUAGGCAGAGGCGGUGGUGUAUCCUAGAACUGCGGGACCGUGUGCAAUGCGACCGCUUUUUACAGCCCGGACAUCAAUCAGCCCUACACCAGACAGAAUACAGCACGCUGGAAAAAAAGACAACUGUCCCAAAUUGAAGGGAGGUCGGUAUAGGAGGCAGUGAGUUUGAAUAUCAGUAAAAAUACUUCAUACUUGAUAAGCUAAACUAUAGCUCAAUAAGUCUAAUCGAAAUAUACUUAAUGACACAACAAACUUGCAGUCUAAAAGAAACUAAAAAGUAAGUAAAAAUAUAUCCAUGCAUAAAGCACAAAAAAGUCUGCCUGCUGCUUAACCCUUUUAGGACCUCAGACAUAUCACGUACGUCCGAUAAAAAAACGUUUGUUAAUGACCUCAGAAGUACCUGAUACGUCCGUGGCGAAUUAGAGCGCUGGAAACGAUCAUGAUCGCUUCCAGCCACUCUGAUGGUAUUGCAGCGAUGCCUCAAAGUCGAGGCAUACUGCAAUACCCCCGUCGCUGCCGCGUGAUGGCUCUCCCAGAGUGGGUUGCUCCGCGUGGCGCCCGGCAGUAAGGCAGACCAUCGGAAGCCAUCAGACAGGCUUCUGAUGCUCUGCCUGUGCUGAGUAUCUCGAGGGGUCGAGGCACUCGGUGAAGAAUACAAUUAUAAAAAAAAAAUAAUAUUCACCUGCAGGCGAUCAGUCUUUCUCCACUGGGGGACUAUCUGACAGCUCAGACAGUCCUCCCUCGACAAAAUAGGAAAAAAAGAGGCUAAAAUUGAAAAGCGAUUCUUCUUCUUUUCACCACAUACCACUAACACAGAUAUGGAGAGAUCUUUAGUAAAUGAUCCAGAAGAGAACAUACCACCAGAAAUAGAGGAGACAAGAAAAGAGGAAAUAGUUCCAGCAGAAGAAGAUAAUCAAUCUGCUUUACAACAACAAUUAAUAAACCUAUAUGUAUGUUGGCACUCAAACUCAAAGUCAUGAUUUGAUUAGACACAGAGGCUCCUAUGAUUAUGCUGCAGCAAAGAAACAUUAUUUGAAAAAAGUUAACAUUUGAACAGGUAUAAACAUCACAAUGGUAAUGUCCGCCUAGCAACAUGAACCUUCAAUCAGUGACAUCCUUCUUCUAUAGUAGGCGGAGCAUCAAUGACCAUUUCCUCUUUCUUGUGAAUCCCGAAGAAUAAUUCAACUCUGAACAAGAAACGGAUAAAGAAAAAAACCGGAACUGUGCUUGUGCUUCAGAGACUUCUUUUAACCAAGUCACGCUAAAAGAAACAGGAAAAUAUUGUAAUGUCCAGAAAUAGAGGGUUGCCAGCAUAUAUAGAGGACUGAUUGUCUGAUUAAACAUUGGUAAUAAAUGUAGUAUGAGGAAACUACCAGCCUGAAGAUAACAGUGACAAAAAAGUCCAUCAUUAAAUACUGCCCUAGAGCCACGUAGGUAUGUGAUGGCAUCAGUAGCGUGAAAUUGAACUUACCAUGGGGAGGUCUAUAACUUACCUUAACCCACAUCCAAGCCGUUCAAGGGUGGGUGGGAUAAUACUUGCCUCUGUGUCUUUAAUAAAAUCAUGACUUUCCAUCAUUAUAAUAGUAAAAUCCUUGAAUUUUAUUAAAGACCCGGAGGCUCCUAUUAUGCUAUUUCAAAGCUGUGAUAUCACGUCUUUUGCGAAAUACUGGAUUGGUUUGAAAUAGAAGUUUAUGGAAAGUAUAUUUCGUGGACCAAUCAGCUGCUUUCAAAAUUUCCCCAAAACGACAACCAACAACGGAAGCUUUGGAGGCCAUGGCACCGCAAACUGAAUGAGGAGAUAAAAUGGAGGUAUCAAUGCCUGCCAAGCACAUGAGCCACUUGACCCAGCGGGCCAGGGUAGGAGAGGAUACCGGAGCAUGUGGUUUGUGAAAGGAGAUAAAGAGCUAGGGGUCCGAACCAGUCCGUAGGGUUGCGGUAAGAGCUUCGUACACCCUGAGACACGCUACCGAGCAGAGGAGCGGCUUUGUGGGGAAAGCCGGAUAUUGGACCGACCGGGAGGAUGAUUUUGUCCUCCGCGAGAUGUCAAAAACUACUCCGUCUGGGGAGAAGGAGCGGGCAUUGACAUCGAGUGGUCUAACGUCUGAUACUCCUUUUACAUGAGAUUAGGCACAACAGCAUGACCAGUUUAGCCGAGAGUUGCUUCAGGGAUAAAGCCUCGUUGUCUGGCCACAUAGCCAGGAAAUUCAAUACAAGGAAGACGUCCCAUAAGGAUGAGUAACAAGGUAAAGGUGGCCUUGCAAAGUGGAUGCCGGCGGAGGAGGUGACAGACAAGUGGGUGUCGUCCCACCGGGGUACCGUCAAUGCUGGUGUGGCCAGCUGAAAUCGCUGAGCGGUAGAGGUUAACCGUCCGAUAAGCUUUCCUAUUCUCAUAUAGGAAGGUUAAUAAUUGGAGGACAGUCGUCACAGGAGUUGAUAGGGGAUCCACACCCCUUGCCAUGCACCAAUCAUCCCAUCUGCACCGAGCAGACUUGUAAGACUGUCUCGUGCCGGGCGCCCUCAAUAAGUCGAAGAGUCGAUUGCGAAAGUUCCUCGAUUGCCCAGGGUCCCCGGAAAUUAGCCAUGCCGUGAGGGAGUGGGGGCUCCCGUCGGGGUCCCGCAAGAGGGAGUGGGAGUCCGGGAGCAGUCUUGGGCGAUCUAUAACCAACUCUAGUAACGUCGGGAACCAGGGUUGUGACGGCCAGAGGGGGGUUAUUAUCACUAGGCAACCCAAGUGGCAGUGCAGGCGAAGCAGGCAACGAGGGAUAAGGGUGAAUGGAGGGAAUGCAUAGUUCCUGGUGGUGGACCAGUCUUGGGAGAAUGCAUUCAUAGCCAAAGCUUUUGGGUCUGGCCUCCAACUGAAAAAGUUUGGAAGUUGGGUAUUCAAGCGAGAGGCAAACUGCUAUUGCUAGAGGACCCCAUAGGUCCCAGAUGUACUGGAAGGUUUGGGGAUCGAGCUGCCAGUUGCUGGAAUCCCGCAGAUGGCGGGAAUACCAAUCCACUGUAGUGUUGGACAACCCUGGUAGAUAUUCUGCUCUGACAGCAAUGUUGAGUUGAAGGCAAAAUUGCCAGAAGUCUCAAACCAGAUUUGCAAUGACUUUGGAACUCAUACCCCCCAAACAGUUUAUAUAACGGACAGCCGAGAUGUUGUCCAUCUUCAACAGAAUUGAGCACUGGGAAAGGGUCGGGGAUAGGCUGCGAAUCGCAAAGGACCCCACCAGGAGUUCUAAGCAAUUUAUAUGCAAGGUGGAUUCCAAUUCCAACCAUCGCCCGCCUGUGGAGACAUCUCCGCAACGAGCUCCCCACCCGUAAGAGCUCGCGUCUGACUCUAUGACUGCAUCUGGAGCCGAAUCGAAAAUGGUUUUGCCAUUCCACGCCUCCAUAUGUAGGAGCCACCAGUGGAGUUCUUCCUUUGCUUCUGCAUCUAGUGUUAGGGAAUCCUCGUAUGAGGCACCGCUCCUGAGAUAUGACACCUGUAGGCGUUGGAGGGCUCUGUAGUGAAGGGGGCCUGGAAAUAUGGCCUGUAUGGAGGCAGCCAGGAGCCCAAUGACACGGGCCAGGUGCUUGAGAGAUAAUUGAGGGGAGGCCAGAACACGCCUUAUCUCUUUUUUGAUAUUCCUCAUUUUGGAGGUAGGUAAUAAUAGGGUUUGCAUUACCGAAUCCACUAGGAGGCCUAGAAACUCUAUUUGCUGUGAUGGAACUAGUAAGGAUUUUUCCCAGUUGAUAAUGAAGCCCAGGUUCUGUAGUAAGGUUGUGGUCCAAUCGAGGUGAUUAUGAAGUAGGGGCACCGAUUGGGAUAGCAGUAGGAUGUCGUCUAAGUAAAUGAUUAGACAAAUCCCCCGACUGCGCAGAAGCGCGAUAACUGGCUUCAUGAGCUUGGUGAAGCACCAAGGCCCGGAAGAGAGACCGAAGGGAAGGCAGUGGAACCGCCAUUUCCUUCCUUGCCAUGUGAAUUGCAGGAAAUCCUGAUAGGCCUCCGCAAUUGGCACUGUUAGAUCGAGUUUUACCAUCCAGUCUGAUGGUUGGAGCAAAUCUCGUAGGCAAUGAAUGCCUUCCAUUUUGAAAUGGUGGUAGCUUGCAUAGGAAUUUAGUUGCUUGAGAUUGAUGACUGGGCGGGUUCCGCCACCCUUUUUUGAGGACAAUAAACAGGUUGCUCACAAAACCUGGGGCAUGUAUCGGUAUUUCUAGAAUAGCCCUUUUGAGUGCUAACUCUUGUAUUUCCUCGGAGACGAGGGUAGUAUCUGACUGGGAAAAAGCAAUCUCUGGGUGGGGAUUGCUGGAUAGGUAGGGAUAAAAAGUCUAUGAGGUAUCCGUGGACUGCACUGAGUAUCCAGGCAUCUGAUGUAAUGAGAGCCCAGACAUGGGAAAAAUGUGUGUCUGCCCCCAACUGUGAUAUGAGUAGAAAAACGAGGUAGGUAGCUUAACGUAAGGACGUCUUCCGGAAGGAGCGCCUCGUGAGCCUCUCGACAACUAUGGUCUGCCUCUUUGGAAAAAGAAGGUCGGAGUGGACCUCUGUUCUGGAAAGGGGGUUCUCCCCAUUUAGGAGCCUCGGUUCGUUUGGCGUGAACCUCUAUGAAAUCUGCCAGACAGACGGCCCCUUGCUCUGCCGGCCCCAGAAAAAUCCUUUGGGUGGAACACCCUUUUCAUGUGUAAAUGUGCCUUGUCCAAGGUAGUAAAUGUUUGGACAUAUGCGUCCAGGUCUUUGACAAAUGAAUCUCCAAAGAGGAAACCUGGCUUGAGGGCCUGGCUCUGUAAUUGCCAUGUUAAUGAGCUUAAGUGCUAUUUUUAAUAGGAUUGAUUUACGGCGCUCUGUGGCAAAAGCAGUAUUAGCAUUGCCAAUGAGGCAUAUUACUCUUUGGAUCCAGCCCCUAAUCGUGAGUUGGUCUAGGACCUCAUCUUGGGCCAAGGAUUCUUCCACAACUUCAAAUAUUUUGGUUGCUGGUCCCAGGAUAUCUAGUACCUUGUCUUGGCAGUUGUAUAGUGAGAAAUCUAAGCCCUUCUUAAGCUUCCAUCCAGUUUUGCUUAGGAACUGGAUAAUUUUGGGGUCAGUUUGGGGGGUCUUGCAGACCUCGUCAGGUGCAGUGGGGUGUGGGCAUUCUCCCCUUAGUUAAUUUCGGGCUGCCUUAUCUAGAGGCUUGCGGACCCGGGAUGCGACAUAUUGUGCCACAGGUUCAGCUUGUGACCAUUCCGCUGAGCGGGGGUGGCGUAAGUCAUUAGGUGCAAAUAAGAGUUCGCCCUGUGGGUCGAAUAUUUUGUCCUCUUUAUUUGCAUCCGAGUUAGAUGCGCCUGUGGUAUGUAAGUUGGCAGAGAUUUUAAAUCCCCACCAAAUCGUAGUCUGAUUCUGAUUCUAAGUCAGAUAAAUCAUUUGACUGGUUUGAUUCUAAUGAAAAUGCACUCUCCUCCUCUGAACUGAGUUCAGACUCCGUGUAAUCUGGUUGGGCUCUCUUGCGCAGUGGAUCAUUAUGCGCGCCAUCUGUGACAGGUUUAGAACUGUCCAUCUGUUUUUUGGAUGUGUGCUUUAUUUUAGCCGAGGGUGUGUAGGAUGAGAGACCGUGGGUAUCGCGGCUGUCAUAGCUGCCGGAGGGACCGUAGAUUGGGCUUGUAAUAUCGCCUGUGCAAAGGAUUUUGAUAUAGAUGAGGACACAAUGUCAAUUGCAGAUGCCAAAGCUUUUGACACAGUAGUGUCCAUAAUUGCCUGAAUUUCCUCAGAUGCUGGAAAGUCAGCCUCGUCCCCAACAAACAUAUGAGGCAAAUUAGGGAAGUUUGGGGGUUAGAUUGAGCCCCAGAUGGCCCAGGUAAUUCAUUGGGUGACUGCGUACUAAUGCAGAGAGUAAUGGUAGUAAAGCAGUGAUAUUUUAUUAAAAAGAAAUACAGAUGAACUGGGUUUAGUAACCCAGAAAAUAAUUGCCUAUAGUAAAUGCAGAAAUAAAGCGUUUAUGACAAAUCAAGUACUCACAGCCACUAAAUGGGGGGAGAUUAUAGAAUAGAUAACCGUCCGCCACUAAAUCUGGACACCAACUCCGACCAGAGGACGGAGUGGGCGUAUCAGAGGAAAAAGGGCGGGAAGGGCUUGAAGAAAAUGGCUGCCGCGGAAAUAACGGACAUCAGAAGAUGGCCGCCAUGGUAAAAAUCAAAGCGCAAGGGAGAGCGAGGUGACCGCAGUGAGCAUCAGCACAACAAGCAUGCCAGAAAGCUCAGCAACAGCUGAACGCGCGAUCGGAAUCAAGUCCGAAUGCACGCGAAAGCCGGACUGAAAGAUGGCCGCUGGGCGUCUCCGACAAGACGUGCAUGCGCGGCUGAACGGGAGCCCGAUCCCCCGUGAGAAGCGCAUUGGCCGGAACAGAAACAGGCAAACUAACAAAGCACUGAAAAUAUUGAAUGGACUAUAAAUGUGGAAUGCAGGAAUUCCUGUCACAAUAUUAAUUAAGCAGUACAGAAUUAAGUGAAACUAUCAAGGUACCACAUCAAUAAGGACGAACAUUUAAAGGUACCACACAGUAACUGAUUUAGGUUAAAUAAACAUGGUAUAAUCAGAGACAAAUAACAUAUAAUACAAUCAUAAUAGAGGUGUACUUAAUUUAGGGAAGCAGCAAAGAAAGAGGAAAUGGUCAUUGAUGCUCCGCCUACUAUAGGAGAAGGAUGUCACUGAUUGGAGGGUCAUGUAGCUAGGCGGACAUUACCAUUGUGAUGUUUAUACCUGUUCAAAUGUUAACUUUUUUCAAAUAAUGUUUCUUUGCUGCUGAGCGAAUUAAAGAAAGAUUGCAGCAUAAUAAUAGGAGCAUCCGGGUCUUUAAUAAAAUUCAUAUUAUAUAUAUAAGAUCAGUGGCAAUUCAUAGUGCAUCACUUCAUACACUUAUGAAUAGAAAAUAACUGAAUUCUUAUUAUGUACAAAAUCAAAGGCAUAAUCCAGAUUAUAUAUAACAAUCAAAAAAAGAAUUCUUAAUUAGACUAAAUGGGGAAAAAAAAAGGUCCUGAAUCCUGACCACAUUAAAGGAAGUUAUUGUAAUAGCAUUAAUAGUGUUAUUAUAUUGUUGAAUAAUACUGUGGGUGUAAUUUGCUUUAAUUUACUUUAGGUAAUUCCAAGGCCUUAAUGAAGUGGUCUGGGUGCCAGGUCCAGCUAGGGUUAACUUUUUUUUUUUAUAUAAACAUAGCAGUUUCAGAGAAACUGCUAUGUUUAUAAAUGGGUUAAUUCAGCCUCUAGUGGCUGUCUCAUUGACAGCCGCUAGAGGGCUUCCGCGCUUCUCACUAAUAACUUCAAGCUAAUAACUUCAAGCAAGCCUUUGCAUUGGCUAGGCACCACCUCAAGGCGCCGUGGGGGUGGAAGCUAUAAGCAUCCAUCCCUGAGAAGCAUCCGCUUUAUCGGCCCUCAGUGCAAGGUUUGCAAAGUUUUACAUCUAAAAGACCCUAUUCUACCUAAGUGAACAUUUUUUUUUAUUUUUUUUGUAAACUUUUCCAUAAGAGUGUCCCUGGGCUAGACUACAGAAAAGAAUCUCCAAAGUGUGUAUACUUGCGGUGUCUGGCAUUCUCCGCAGUGAGCAUCGUUGACUGCAAAGUGUAUAUAGGUCCUCUAUUUGCAGGCCUUCUUCCAUUCCAGUGACUAUCUCUUGAGUCUGGUGUUGUUGCUUGUGGUCUCAGGCAUAGAAAGUCCCCAGGUGUGUGUCAGGGAUCUUACUGAAUUCUUAUUAUGUACAAAAUCAAAGGCAUAAUCCAGAUUAUAUAUAACAAUCAAAAAAAAAUUCUUAAUUAGACUAAAUGGGAAAAAAAAAGGUCCUGAAUCCUGACCACAUUAAAGGAAGUUAUUGUAAUAGCAUUAAUAGUGUUAUUAUAUUGUUGAAUAAUACUGUGGGUGUAAUUUGCUUUAAUUUACUUUAGGUAAUUCCAAGGCCUUAAUGAAGUGGUCUGGGUGCCAGGUCCAGCUAGGGUUAACCCUUUUUUUAAAUUUAUUUAUUUUUAUAAACAUAGCAGUUUCAGAGAAACUGCUAUGUUUAUAAAUGGGUUAAUUCAGCCUCUAGUGGCUGUCUCAUUGACAGCCGCUAGAGGGCUUCCGCGCUUCUCACUGUGAUUUUCACAGUGAGAAGACGCCAGCGUCCAUAGGAAAGCAUUGUGAAUGCUUUCCUAUGGACUGGCUGAAUGUGCACGCAGCUCCUGCCGCACAUGCGCAUUCAGCUGAAGUGGAGGCGGAGAGAAGGAGGAGAGCUCCCCGCCCGGCGCUAGAGAAGUAAGUUUAAGUUUAACCCCUUCCUUUCCAUUCAACCAUGGCGGGUGGGGGCACCCUCAGGGCACUAUAGUGCCAGGAAAGUAUAUUUUCCUGGCACUAUAGUGACCCUUUAAAUAAGAAAAAAGCUGAAAAAAGAAAAUUGAAAAAAAUAAGAAAAACUCAGGAAGAAAUAUGCAGUAUACAACAGGCUUGCAGCCUUAAAAAAACAGAAAAAAAAAUAUAUACAAAAAAGAAAGUCCCUUUUUAAAUGGUCUUCUGAGUACCAUUACCAGUACUGAGUACCAUCUGAGUAGUGGUCUUAUUUAAGGCUUUGGAAUUACCUAAAGUCAAUUACACCCAAAUUACAAGUUGGUGAAAUAGUGUUUGAGUAACAGGAUCUGCAUGGUUCGCAGUGGGUAUAGAAGUUUAGGAAGCAACGACAUUUUAAAUACCGCAACCCUCCCCUGCCUGGAUAAGAAGUCCCCCUCCCAUGCUUGGAAGGUUUGUACAAACUCUUGUGGAAGUCUAGUGUAGUUUUGUGUAAAUAAAUUAUGUUCUGUUUUUGUAAUUCGUAUGCCUAGGAAUGUGAUCUAAUCUUGUCUCCAGUCAAAGUGGGAAAGCCUGUUUCAGGUAGUCUAUAGUGCCAUGGUCAAUACCGACCCCUAGUGCUUGUGUCUUAAUCACGUUCAAUUUAUAAUAAAGGUUUCCGUAUUCCGAAAUUAAGUGCAUUAGAUUGAGAGUGUGAUGCAGGGCUGGAUCAGGAUCAACAGGAUGUCACUGUGAACAAAUUUGCCUAAUACAUCCUGCCGCCAAUCUAUAUUCCGUGAAUGGAUGAGGUUUUCUCUUAUCAUUGCCGCCAAUGGCUCCAGCACAUACAACAUUGGCGACAAGGGGCACUCCUGCUGGGUCCCGUUGGUGAUGGAAAAUUUGUCUGAUAAAAAUCCUGCGUUUGGCACCUGGUCCGCUGGUCGGGAAUAAAGUGCUUCCGGUAUUCCAAAUUUGCACACGGUAUCUUCUAGAAAGCUCCAAUUUAACCGAUCGAAGGCUUUCUCUGCAUCGAGUGAGAGGAAAAAGUCCACGUUUCCCCGAUCUUUUUUUUCAGGCUUUGUAAGAUACUCAGCACCUGAGGAUUAUCUGACCACUGUCAACCCUUCACAAAGCCCACCUAAUCGUCAUGAAUAAUGCAUGGCAAAAAUUAAGUAGGUAUAUCGGCCUAAAGUUUUGAGGGGAGGUUGGUGGCUUGCCUGGUUUGGGAAGGGUAACAAUGUGUGCCAGCAAGAUUUCUGGAGGUAGCUGUUGUUUCGAGAGAGCCUCGUUAAAGACCUGCAUCAUUUGUGGGGCUAGAAUGUCUUGUAAUUGUUUGUAGUAGUCUUUAGUGAAGCUGGGCGCUCUGCCAAAUUGGAGGGACUGAAUUGUAGAUCUGACUUUUACUGAGAUGGGUGCUGUUAGGGAUGUUUGCUGUUGGGGGGGAUAAGCCUCGGUAGGGACAUCGGCGGGGGUCUCAGGUAAGCGACUGAAGGAGUUUUCACCCCUUCAGCAACCGGAGAUUGGGAGGUGGGAGGGGGACCUGCAGUGCCAGGAAAAUGGAUUGUUUUCCUGGCACUGGAGAGUCCCUUUAAUCUUAUAAUUUGUGCGAUUUGUUCCCUCAUGUCACAUGUUCGUCCUCACCUUGUGGUGUCCGUGAGGAAAGCUGCCUUUCUGGCACUGGUAGAGAUGCUAGUCGGCGGCCCUGUGCCAGUGUAUUUGGCUCCUGCGGCAUGCUGAAAGAUGCCAGCUGCUGCGGAUCCAUACCAAUUUGUAGCCCCACGUCCGUCCACGAUAUUGACUAUGUCAACGGAUACGGCCAAUCAGAUUUAAAGGCUACUUAUUUAAACUCCUUUCUUGCCUUCUCUCAUUGCCCUGUCGUGGUUUCCCUUAGUGGUUGUCCGAGAGUGUGUUCCUGAGCGUUUAUUUCUGGUUAUUGACUUUGGCUUCGUUUUGACUUCCCUGUAUUCUGGUAUCCUUGACUUUUUUGGCUUUCCCUCAUCGUUGCGUCUCAUUCUGUGUCCCCGACCUCGGCAAGUAUUCAGACUAUUCUCUAUUACGUUAAGUCCAGGCAUUCUAAGGCCCGCUAUGAUGUUACCUUUAGUCCUAGGUGGGAUUAUAGUUCUGCGUGCUGGAUCAACUAGUAAUCCUAACACCUCAGAAGCGAUGUUGGGCUGAUUUGGUUUUGUGAAUUUAGUGUGUAGAGCUCCCGCUGCCACUGCAGCAACUGCUUCUUUGCCUGUUUGUGGAGGUGCAAGGCUCUUUUUAUAAGGACGCCUCUGUUGACUGAUUUGUGUGCCUGCCAGUUGGUGUGUUGCUGCACGUCAGGGGUGAUGUUAGUAAUUUUGAAUGUCUACUGAGAGUUGUCGGGAGAAGUUAGGAUCUCUUAAAAUAGACUUGUUUUAGUCUCCAAGGGCUACGAUUUUUGAAGUCGUACAUGUCUUUUAGGGUUAGAGUGACCGGUGCAUGAUCUGACCACAAUAUUUGUCCCACUCUACUUUCGAACACUUGGUCUAAAUCAGAGCCCUUCACCAGGAAUCUAUCAAUCCUCAAGUACGUGUUGUGAUGUGGGAGAAAUAAGUGUAUUCUCUGUCCGUGACAUGAGACACUCGCUAGGCGUCGAAAUAGUGGUGUAGUGUAAGUAAUUUCACCAUGGCUCUGCGUUGUCUCUGGACCUUGGGCUGUGCGGUGACAGGGUGGUGUCAAGGGCUAUGUCUAACACAUGAUUAAAAUCCCCACAUCAAAUGGUGAUGCCUUGUUGAAUUUUUUUGUACUUUAAGGCUGACUUUGUGUAUAAAAUGUGGCUGUUCCAUAUUAGGUGCGUAGACAUUCACAACUGUAUAUAGUAUUACAUUUUCCAACAAAUAUGACAUAUCUGCCGUUUUCAUCUAUAUCAUUUGUGCAUAAUUCAAAUGAUAUGUGUCUACGAACAGGAAAUGAACCUCCCUUAGAUUCCCCAAAGCGCUGUGGAAUUUGUUGUCUCUAUAUAAAUAAUAACAUAAUAAUAAUUUACUUUGUGUUGUGGAAUGGAACUGGUGUGGGUGCGUGUUUGUCAAUAUAGUUGGGUGUGCGUCCUUUUUAAAGUGGGUUUCCUGCAGGCAGACCAUGUCUAUAUCAUGGGUUUUUAGAUCUUUCCCUGAUUGAUGUCUCUGCACUGAGAUAUUUAAUCCCCUUACAUUAUGGCUGUAAAUUUUCAUGGGGGUUGAGAAAAAACGAAUAUAUAACUGUCAUGUUAACGUCUCAUGUGGGGCUGUCGCCUUUCCCAGCUCUAUCAAGCCAGGCGACCUCCUCCUUCUGGGUCCCCUCUGCACUUCCCUUGAUGUUAAGUGUGCUCAGCGUUACCAGCGCUGAUUUGUCUAGGGGCAGUGCCCCAAUAUUGUAUAUCUCAAAGGUUAAAUCUGUGACCUGGUUGCCUUGUCUCAAUGCCCCCUAAUGCUGUACAUAAUACAUGCAUACCCUCCAAAACAAAACAGAAUACAAUGAAAACAGUUAUAUAACCGUGAAAUAACUUCAAGCAAGCCUUUGCAUUGGCUAGGCACCACCUCAAGGCGCCGUGGGGGUGGAAGCUAUAAACAUCCAUCCCUGAGAAGCAUCCGCUUUGUCGGCCCUCAGUGCAAGGUUUGCAAAGUUUUAUAUCUAAAAGACCCUAUUCUACCUAAGUGAACAUUUUUUUUUCUUUUUUUUUUUUAAAACUUUUCCAUAAGAGUGUCCCUGGGCUAGACUACAGAAAAGAAUCUCCAAAGUGUGUAUACUUGCGGUGUCUGGCAUUCUCCGCAGUGAGCAUCGUUGACUGCAAAGUGUAUAUAGGUCCUCUAUUUGCAGGCCUUCUUCCAUUCCAGUGACUCUCUCUUGGGUCUGGUGUUGUUGCUUGUGGUCUCAGGCAUAGAAAGUCCCCAGGUGUGUGUCAGGGAUCUUACCUGAGAUGGGAGUCUAGUGCAGAUAUGUUUGCUCAACCUUGCAGAUAGAUACAGUCCAAGGUGACCAGAUAAGAAGCCACCUGGACUGUGAAUCUGUGCACGGGGGCUGUGCAGGAAAGGAUUUCAAUGCAGUACCGACAAGGACAUAAACAGCAGGAUAGUCUAGGGAUAGCCGAAGUCAAAGGAUGCCAGAGGUCAGGAUUAACAAAGUCAGAAGCCAGGGGCAAUAUGGAGUUGAAGAUCAAGAGACUGGAACACAGGAACUGAACACACCAAUAGGAUCAAAGACUUGAUAAAGUUCACAGGGCGAGGCUGUGUUUAUAUACCCUGCUGAUGACUGAUCAGAGUCAGGUCAAGCACUGCAAUAGGCUAAGUCCAGUCCCCAGUGUUGCAGAAAAGCAAGGAUGAACAGGACUAGAAAUAUUUCCAAGGAUUAGGAACUACUGUGGUUUAAAGGUAGAUAGCAGGUCCAGAACCACAAAGUACCCAGGUUCAAAUCCUCUGUUGGGCACUUCUGGGGCGACCACGUCUGACCGUGUGGGUGUCAGAACCGUGACAGUGUGUAGUGUGCGGAGUUUUAAGUACCCUGAUCUUACCCUCACGGAGAAUGUUUAGUGGGGUAAUUAUUGUGGACCUCCACCUGUUCCACCAUUUUGUUUUUCACUGCAGACGUGAGGUCACCCAAGUCUUCUAAAUCUCGCCUUAAGUCUUGGAAAGAUUUUUGCAGGGUAGUCUGGAGUUUGGUUGUCAUGCCAUAAAACAUGGAUUGUAGCCCCUCCGUAGUAAGCGCUGCAUCCGGGAACUAUAGCUCCAAGGCUGUGUCUGUGUCCGUAUCGGCGCCAUCUUGGAUUUCCUCCCGGUGCGUGGAACCUUUGUUUUGGCUCGUUUUUUGCCCCGACAAUUUUUUAUUUUUUUCGUGCCUGUCCGCAUCUCUCUUGCUUUUGUGCUGGGACAUGUUCAGGGUAGCUGUCUGAACCUGUUCGGUCGAUUCUGUGUGCUGCGGGAGGGUCAAUUCUCUGCAGAGCUAGCAGUGCAUGCGACUUCUCAGGAUCAGGUCCAGGACACGCCUCCCCAUCUAGAGUCGUUUUUUUUUUUUUAAAACAACUUUUUUGUCAAACUAGCCAUUACUCAAGAGGAUCAUCCCCAAAUAUGGGAUAGAAUUCAUAGGACGAGAAGAUUCCCUAACUCGGCGCAAGAACCACCAUGAGAUGUAUUAAUUCAAGUAUAACCUCACGAAUGAAAUACAACAUCGUAAAAGCCAUGAAAGAUGUUUCACUAUCAGACCCAUAUAAAGAAAUAAGAAUUCUACUUGAUCUAUCCUUUUUUUACCAGAUCUGAAAGACGCACAUUUGCAUCUUUAACAGCAAUUCUCAGAAAAAAGGACAUUAAAUACAGAUGGGGAUUUCCAGUUAAAGGACCACUAUAGUGCCAGGAAAACAUACUCGUUUUCCUGGCACUAUAGUGGUCUGAGGGUGCCCCCACCCUCAGGAUCACACUCCCGCCGGGCUGGAUAGCAAGGAAAGGGGUUAAACUUACCUUUUUUCCAGCGCCGGGCGGGGAGCUCUCCUCCUCCUCCGUCUCCAAUCCUCCUCUACGGCUGAAUGCGCAUGCGUGGAAGGAGCUGCGCGCGCAUUCAGCCGGUCUCAUAGGAAAGCAUUUACAAUGCUGGCGUCUUCUCACUGUGAUUUUCACAGUGAGAAGCACGCAAAUGCCUCUAGCGGCUGUCCAUGAGACAGCCACUGGAGGCUUUAGAGGCUGGAUUAACCCAUUUAUAAACAUAGCAGUUUCUUUGAAACUGCUAUGUUUAUAUAAAAAAAAAAAAGGGUUAAUCCUAGAAGGACCUGGCACCCAGACCACUUCAUUAAGCUGAAGUGGUCUGGGUGCCUAGAGUGGUCCUUUAAGAUAAUUUUCACACAUGACCAUAUAAAGCUAUUAUUUGACACUCAGGAAAAAUUAAGGACUUGGAUUGAGGAAAACUGACUUAACAAAUACGACAUAGAAAGAAUUGAAGAACAAUAUAUUGCUGAUUGAGAUAUUUACUGUCUCCAAGAGACGCACUGAAAUUUAAUUAUCUUGGCCUUGUAAAAUAAAAUAAAAGAGGGUUUGCAAUCUUAUUUCCCAGUGCAUUUAAUAGUAAUAUCAAAUAUGUAGAAGGGGGGGAGGGUGGAGCGAUGACAUAGCACGCAUGCUACGCUUGCGGCUUUAGGAGCAGGAGAGGAGAAGAUGGAAGGAGAAUGCCACGGACGCCAGCUGGAAUACACUUAGCAGAAAGUAUUGGGUUAUGCUGACUGAUACCGCUAAGUCACUUAGAGAGUCUAAGCAUGAAACAAUUAUCUGAAGGGGAACAUCUAUGAAGUAAUUGUGCCGGCACUUCUACUUCAACCGGAGUACACGUGCAUACUGAGCCGAUAGAAUAAGAAGGAGGGCUGUGAACCUUUUACUGCUAAUACUGAUGCAAGAGCCUAAACUGUAAGGAGGAUUUUGUCUCUGAUGAAUGCAAGGGGUCGUAUGUAUUAAUUUCUUGGACCCGGCUGUGAAAUAUUUAGUGGUUUAAGUAUUAGGUUGGGCUUGCAACUAUUAUACCCACUGAGUAUCUCUGAGGUUACAUAGAAACAGACACUUUCCCUUCUAUUGUGCCACAGAGAGGGGGAAAAAGGGGAAGGAGAAAAAAGGGGAAAAGAAAAGGAAAAAUAGUUAAUUUAUAGUGUUUUUGUGGAUUGCUUCAUAUAGCCUAAACAUUGCACUAGAACUUCAUAGUGUUUUAUGGAUGCUCUGUACGGAUAAGAGAGCAGUAAUCUAGCACCUAUACAUGGCUAAAGGGGGGGAGGGGGGUAGCAGGCAGGGUUAACCCUAGAUGGACCUGGCACCCAGACCACUUCAUUAAGCUGAAGGGGUCUGGGUGCCUUUAGGGUCCUUUUAUGCCAAAGAGGCGAAAAGGAGAAGGAAGGAAAGAAAGAAAGAAAGAAAGGGAAAGGUAUUGUAAGAUAUAUAAAGGAAAAUUACAUGGGGAAAAAAAAAAUAACACACAUAAAAGACUGAGAAAAGUCUGAAAAACUUCUCUUAAUUAUUACUAGUAUUGAAAUCUGCAUACUGCUUUAAGGGUGCUCGUUGUGGCUGGGCUGAAAGUAAAUCAAUAUCUACACAUGCUAUAAGAACUAAACUGGUUGUCGCUGGAAUCAGGAUGCACCCUUCAUCUUUCCAGCCUUGUGUUUAAGAGCUUUUCUGGGAAGCUCCCACUGUCCCUGAGCAGACUGCUCUCCCCAGCUUUUCCCACCUCUUAUAACCUCCGAUCCAGUACCAGCACUUUUAAUCUACCUCAAUACAAAAAUAAAGCAGCCUGAUCUUCCUUUUCCUACAGAGCAACGCAAUUAUGGAACGACCUCCGGCACAGUUUCAAAUCUUCCCCAAACCUAAAGUCCUUUAAGAGAACCCUCUCUACAUACCUCAAAACAGAAUGCACGUGUCAUGGUUGAUUAUAUAUUUCCUACCUGUUCUAUGUUAAAUUUUGUAUAUAUUGUGUAUUAAUAUUGUUUUUGUAUUUUAUUGUACCCUAUUGUAUCAAUGCAAUGUUUUGUGGACCCAGGACAUACUUGAAAACGAGAGAAAUCUCAAUGUAUCUUCCUUGGUAAAAUAUUUUAUAAAUAAAUAAAUUCCAAACCCACCCCGAAAAAAAAAAGGGGAAAUAUUGUAAAGCUAUAAAGAAAAUGCAUAAGAAAAGAAAAUACAUAUAAAAGACUGAGAAAAGUCUGAAAAAUAUCUUCCAAGAAAUAAGGAUACAUAGGAAAGAAGGGGGAAGAAGCGAAAACAGUGGAGUUAAACUAAUAUAUAAAUCGCUUGGAUUACUUAGGACCUCCUGCUAAUUCCUUUGUACACUUUGUUUAAAAAUACUGCAAUAAUUUGGCUCUGAACUGUAAGGUUCCGAAGAAACCAAAAACACCAAAAAGAAAAUGGAAAAUAAAAACGAGCUAAUGGAAAAGUGAUUCUUUUUUUUUUCUUCAAUCCAUGAAAAUAGGAGAAUAUAAUAAUCCUUUAGAUGAAACAAAGAAGAGUGUGGAACAAGAGAGAGCAGAAAAAGCAUCUACAACUAAUGAUUGCCAACAAUUGACGGUAGAUCUACUAAACAGCGCUCUAGAAACACAAUUUACAAAGAUCUAAAAUUAAAUUCAACGCUUUUCAGAAGUUUAAAAAUGACCUAAUCAAUACUAACAACAAAGUAAAUGAAAAUUCUGAAAGAAUAAAACAAAUCGAACAAGGAUCAAUAAAAAGAUGCAAAAUGAAAUGGAAAUAAUAAAAACUAAGAUUUCCCAAAUGGAGCAGAAACAGGCGGACCUAUAAGACAGGUCACGCCGCAAUAACUUAAAAAUCAGGAACAUUCCAGAAGAAAUAACUCCAGAAAAAAUGGAGAAAAAAGAAGUUGUAAAUAACUUUUUUGAUAGCUUGCACUUUUGGCCCUUUAAUGGAGUGCUGGCACAGGAUACCCAAAGUACUUGUCAAUAACCAUCCCAAGAGAUGUUAUGAUCUGCUGCUCAUCUUCUCAAAUUAAAUCUGCUAUAAUUAAUUAAAUUAGAGAACACAAAGCAAAAGCACCUUAUGAAAAAAAGGUAUAUUCAGAUCUGUCAACCUACACAAGGCUAAAAAGAAGAUCUUUCGCAAACUACACAGAAAUCUUCAGACUUAACAAAAUACAAUACAGAUGGGGAUUUCCCGUAAGACUUCUGAUCCAUAAAGACUCGAAGAUAUUCACAAUGGAUUCUCCAGAAAAAUUGAAAGGCUGGCUCCAAGAGAGACAUGUGAUUACUGAACCCGACGGCAAUAAUCAAGUUACAGGAGAGAAUAGAGCGAAGAAUUUGGGAAGAAAUUUAAGAAAUGAGUAAACACACACACAGGAGGAAUUUUUUUCAGUAAUGGAGGAAGGGAUAACAGAAAAGGGAAGGGAAUGACCUAGAAUAACACGAAAUAAGGAAGCAGUGUCUCUUUGAUCACCCUGUACUAAGGUUUAAGGUAGAUAUAGUUUCACAUAGAAGACCGAUGAAGGAAGAAGUGAUUUGGAUAUAUAGAGGAUAAAUGCACGAAAAUAUUGUGUUCGACUAUCACCAUUAUAUAAAGAAACAUGGUAUUAAUAGAAAAAUCUAAUUAUUUAGAUCGUUCGUAUGACAAAAAUGUAUUCACAUAAAACUGUUAGUCUUGUUAAGCAAAUUUAGUAUAUAAGGCACUGAUAAGAAAUAUAUUAGUUAUUGGCACAAAAUAGUGGAGAGGAAGAGGGAAAAGGAGAGAAAAUAAAGACACACUACGGUUAUAGUAAAAGUUACGUUUAGGAAAAAUUUGGGUAAAUAUAGGAUUGUUGUAUUAAACUAUUGUGUUUUUUUUGUAAUAUAAGGAAUAUUGCAUGCAUAUGAAGUAUGUGUAAUUACGUUUAUAGAAGAAAAGAAAAUUAUUAUUUACAUAAAGUGUCAAGUGUCUAUAUCUGGCCUUUGGGAGAGAAUAAACAGGAUAAAACAGGACAAAUUAUAUGGAUGGGAGACUUUAACUGUGUAAUAGACCUUAAACUUGAUAAACAGACAAUGAAAAAUAGACAGUUAGAUAGAAAUACCUAUACACAAGCUUCAAAAUUUCAUUCCUUUGUCCAGGGAAAUGUUCUAUAUGAUACUUGGCGCACAUUUCAUGAUAAUGUGCAAGACUAUACGUGUUUCUCGAAAACGUACUCGGCAUAUUCUAGAAUUGACUACAUCCUGACAGAAAGAAACUCAAUACAAAGAGUUAAUAAAAUAGAUAUCAAAGAAGUUACAUGGUCAGACCAUAAUAUAAAUAUUAUGGAACUAAAAGAUAAUUUUACCAAAAAGCGACCAGAAUGGAAACUUAACAGAUCACUAUUGGAAUCCCUACAAAAUAAGGAGUUGAUUAAAAAAAAAAAAUAUUAAGCAAUAUUUCCAAGAAAAUUCCUCUAGGGAGGUAUCCAAUAAUUGUAAUGACUGCUUUUAAAUGUGUAAUCUGAGGCCAUUCUAUAAAUUUAGCUUUUCAAAAUAAGGAAAACAGAAAAAGUAAUCUCUCUAUAUAUCAAACUGGCAAAUUUGUCACAUAUCAACAAAGAAAGUCCUUCAAGUGAUAACUCGAAUCAAAUUAAUGACAUUAAAAAAUGCAUUAAUGAAAAAAUAAUGCUUGAAACUUCCAUGAAAUUAGAAAAACUAAAGCUUAUCACUAUUACAAGAGCAAUAAAGUGGACACGUUUCUAACAAAUACGUUGAAAAACAUCCAAAAAUCUAUAUCUAAGAUAAUAUAUUAUGUCACCUGAUAAAAUGGCAAACGCUUUUGAAAGAUAUUAUAGUGACUUAUAUAACAUCAGUUCUAAAGAGCCCCUGCGAAACAUAGAAUCUUACUUUCACGGGAAGGAAUUUAAGAAAAUAACUGCCCAACAGUUAGAAAAGCUAAAUGUACCAUUUUCAAGGGAAGAAAUCAUAGAGGGUAUUGAUCACUCAAAAUGUAACAAAGCACCAGUACCUGAUGGUCUGACAGCUAUAUUUUAUAAAUCCUUUAAAGAAGACCUGGUUCCAUACUUACAUACUACCUUUAAUAAGUUCGCAGAAAAAGGCAGUCUACCUAAAGACCUAAUAAGGGGAAAUAUUGUCACUAUACUAAAGCAAGACAAAACCCCCCAUGAUGUUAAGAGCUAUAGACCCAUUUCUCUUCUGAAUGAAGAUCGAAAACUUUAUGCAGGCAUUAUGGCACACAGACUAAAUUCCUUUAAAUCUGAUAUAAUCCACAUAUAUCAGGUAGGAUUUUUUCCAGGAAGGACAUUGGCUAAUCAUAUACGCACACUAUCUAAUGUUUUUGAGAUUGCCAACAAAAGAGGGGUUCCGUUGCUGGCCCUGUCUUUGGGCGCAGAGAAAGCCUUUGACAGGGUCAGCUGGGAUUUCCUAUCAAAUACUUUAAAGGAUUUUGGAUUGUCAGGCAGGAUACAUCAGGCCAUUAUGGCGCUAUACUCGAAUCAAACAGGGAAAGUAGAAGGUCAGGGCAUCCUUUCUGACUCUCUUAAAUUAAAAAAAACUGUACCAAACAAGGCUGUCUGCUUUCUCUGCUUCAUUGAAGUAUUGGCAACGGAGAUAAGGUAAAAUAACAAAAUAAAAGGCUUUAAAGAUCAGAGAUAAAAAUAAAAUGAUAUGCAUUUGAUGUAUUCAUCGUGAUGGAAGACCCUGUAACUUCAAUUAAUGAAUUAGUGCAAACAAUACGUUUCAUAUAGACAUUUUUCAAACUAUAAAUGAAAUAUCUCUAAGACAAUGGGCCUUUCUUUUUUUAUAACCCCUCAAAUUAAAUUAGAGAUUAUGUCAAACUUUGACUUUCUCUGGGCUAAGGAACACUUCUCUUAUUUAGGUUUAAAAAUCUCAGAAAAUCCACAAAAUUGGAUGCAAAUUAAUUUGCUUCCAUUGAUUAGAGAAACCAAUAUAAAGUUUAAAACUUGGGCUUAAAAAGAAAUAUCAUGGUGGGGUAAGAUUAAUACCAUCAGGUCUUAUGUUUUACCAAAACUAACAUACAUAUUGAGUUUAAUCCCAAAUUACAUUCCUAUAACUUAGAUUAAACCAAGAACAGGCAGUGAGAGAGCAUUGAUUUUGAGCUCUCACUGCUCAGCUCCCACGUGCGCCGCAGAGUGAUGCCGGGAGCCGGAAUGUGACGUCAUUUUCCGGCUCCCGGCAUCACUGCGGAAAGCUGAGCAGGGAGAGCUUACACUCAGCGCUCCCUCGCCGCGGCCAGUGGACCACAAACAUAUUAAUUAUGGGCCACGAGUUUGACAUCCAUGGAUUAAACUAUUACAAGCCUCCUUUACACAGCUUAUAUGGUCCGACCAAGAAUUCUGAAAAUUUAAAUUUUACAAUGAAAACUGUGCUUUAAACAAUAUUCUAUAAAAUUGGUAUGAAAUCAAAUGAAAGCUAGGUAUAGAACAUUUUUCCAUCUCUUAGAAUAGACUGAUUUAUUACCAGAUAUAAUUUACAUCCAUAGUCUGUAAAAGAUAUUAAUAUGGUUGCUGAUCUAUUCUCUGUAGGACAAAUAAGAACUUUUGAUGAUCUUAAGAGAACAUCACGUUUUUCGAACAAAGACUUUUUUGAUUAUCUAAAAGUUAAAUCUUACAUAAAAAAAAGGUUAAAAUUCCCUUAUGAUCAUGCAAUCUUAUAAUAUUUUGAUCAACUUAUUAAAGGGACACUAUAGUCACAAGAACAACUACAGCUUAUUGAUUUUUUUCUGGUGAGUAGAAUCAUUGCCUUAAGGCUUUUUGCUGUAGACUCUGUCUUUUCAGAGAAAAUGCAGUGUUUACAUUACAGCCUAGUGAUAACUUCACAGGCCACUCCUCAGAUAGCUGUUAGAGAUCCUUCCUGGGUCAUGGCUGCCUAAAAUGCAUCCAAACAUUCAGUAUCUCCUCCCUCUGCAUGCAGACACUGUACUUUCCUCAUAGAGAUACAUUGAUUCAAUUCUUCUCUAUGAGGAGAUGCUGAUUGGCCAGGGCUGUGUUUGAAUCAUGCUGGCUCUGCCUCCUUGUCAGUCUCAGCCAAUCCUAUGGGGAAGCAUUGUGAUUGGAUCAGGCUGCCACUUCUGAUGAUGACAGCAGACAUCUGAGGCAAACAGCAUGCAGGUCUACAGCUUCAUGCUUGAAUACAGUAAGAUUUUGCUAUAUUUAUGGAGGCGUGAGGGGUAAAUUCAUAUACAAACACAAAGAUAAAGCACCGCGCUUACAGUGUUUGUAUAUGAAUUUUGUAUCACUCAGCUAUGUUACAUUGCUGCCAGCCUUCCCACGUUUGUCUUAUUAAGACUUUAUAAGUAUGUAGGGGCAGCACCCCUUCCUGUCUCAUCAGAGAAAUUUGCCUUUUAGCUGAUACCAGCAAGGUGAUUAUUUGUAUGUUAUAGCCCUAUUCAGGGUAAAGUAUGUAGGGGUUUAUAAAAUACCCUUUCAUGUCUCAUUAGAGACGUCUAUACUUUGUCUGAUACCAGCAAAGUUUAUUGAAUGUGUAGAAGCCCUAUAAAGGGUUAAAUGUUAGUGUUUAUAAAACACCCCUUUCUGUCUCACUUUGUCUGAUAUCAGCAAAGUUUAUUGUAUGUGCAGAAGCCCUAUAAAGGGUUAAAUGUUAAAGGGUUUAUAAAAUACCCCUUCCUGUCUCACUGGAGACUCUUGGCUGAUAUCAGCAUAUCUAAUGGCUAGUGUAGGAACUCACCUAUUGAGGCUUGCCUUGACGUGGCUGGUGAGCUUAUAUAUUCAAAUGGCCAUUAGAAUAAAACUAAAGAGCCUCCAUUUUUGUUUAAAUGCACAUGGGGAUUUAGGCCAGAGCGCAGGUAACGUUUUCUUUGUUUUUACUAUGUAUUUUAAGCUGUUGGAUACUAAGCCACUGCUCCUGUAAGCGCGGUGCUUUAUCUUUGUGUUUGCAUAUCAAUACAUACCUACUGAGUGGUUAGCAAUAAAUCUACUCCCACUUAUAAAAGAGACGAAUACAUUAUUUAAAGUAUGGAAAUCUUUUGAAAUUUCAUGGUGGGGGCAGAAUAAAUUCCAUCAAAUCAUUUAUACUCCCUAGGUUCACUUACAUAUUUCGAAUGAUACCUCUGUCAAUACCUUCUCCAUGGCUCAAAAUGAUUCAAUCUGCCUUUUCAAAAUACAUAUGGUUGGAUAAAAGACCACGAUUAGGUUUGCAAUUACUAUCUAAAAAAUUAAAAUAAAGGAGGACUGGGGAUUCCAAUAUACAGGAAUAUGCAAACGCUGCUCUUUUGGCACAUGCAGUAGCAUCACAAAAUAGUAGGGCAAUAAAUGAAAGCUGGUACUGUGAUGGGAUUCCAGCAUGGUCAAAAUUUAGUAGGCCAAAAUCUCCAUGUGGCAUAUGUGUAUGUUGUGUCAGUUGGUUAGCUACAUGUAGCUAGGAUACUGUCAUCAGUGUACUGAGCAUGUGCAGGAAUGCAGGAACUGAAAUUGCACUUAUUUCCUUUGUCUUGGAUGAGCCAUGUGGUUUGACUAGAUGUACAAGUCUAUAUUCUGCUCAUUGAUUGGUUAAAGGUAUAUGUGGGUGUAGCUAUUAAUGGGAGGAGUUAUAGUGCUAUAUAAGGAAUGUACACUAUGUGUUGGUCUCUCAGAAUGUUGGAACAGGAGUUCAUCUGAGACCCGAUCGGUAAUGUGAAUAAAGGCCUGUUACUUCCUGAAGAUCUGUGUCCAAUAUUUCUGUGUUUGGCUUCUGCAUGCUUACACUGCAACAUUUCUGGUGCAAUUGGCCCGGGAACCUCAUUUGCAUGGAAGCUGGCGCAGAGAUUUGAGACGGUAAACUUUUACCAAACCUUCUACGCUACAAUCCUGGACUUCUACUGCGUGGACCUCCUUUCGUCUCGGCGCCACUGGCCUUUUGUCCAGGAGAUCAUCGGCUUCUGCGCAGUGAGUCCCGGAUUGUUCCGUCUAUGAGUGAACCCAGGUCCAGGAAUUAACAGGUAAGAUUGAUACCGUUAGAGCGGUAGACCCACAAGGGGUUUUAUAUUUGGAACCGGUUAUUGGAAUCUGCCCUGUCCUUAUGGAUGGAAGAAGUGAAAAGCGCAACACUUAUUGGUUUGGGUCAGACUGAGUUCUGGUGUAAAUAGCUCAUGUCGGACACCGGUGUCCUGUCUUGACUAGCGUAUCUAGGGUGUAAAUUUUGUUCGCUAGGUCGGGGGGACCGGGAGACUAGCAUACUCUGUUGUAUAUUAUAGUUUGCUAGAUUUCACCCUAUCUUAACUAAGUGUGCUCUGUUGUAAAUCCAGCCACUAGCUUAUUGAUAGUUUAAUAGACUAGCUGGGUACUGUGUAAAUUCUGCCCUCUAGUUCGCUAUACGUGGUGUCUGGGCAGCGAAGAACUUAUCGAAUCUCUGGUGUAUAAAUAGAUCGAAAGCUCUCGAGGUGCUGGCCAGUUAGAAUAGUUGGGAUUAUUGUAAAUGUUGUUAAAUAUAUUGUAGUUGGUGAAUUGGUUAACUUGUAUGUCCUACUAGAAAGUUAGAGCUCUGCUGUCUAGUGGGAGUGUAAAUUGUGUGUAUAACUGUAAAAUAGCGCACGGUACCAUAACUACUGACAUGUACCAUAACCACUGACAUUGUGUAAAAAUUACUAACAAUUGCUGUUUUAUGUUAUAUGUAUAAUACCAUAACUGUUACUAACUGAUCUGUGACUUUAAAACUGUAUUAUAACCACUUACUAACUGUACCAUAACCACUGACUGUAAAGAUGAGGUUACUAGAAUGUGAUAUAGUUGGUUAGUCAAAAGUUGAUUUAUAGUACGGAUAAUUGUAGAGAUGAAUUUGUUGAAAUGUUAUGUGAUCGGUUAGUUUAUAUGGAUUAAUAGCGUGGAUAGUUGUAUGGUUUGAAUAAUAGUUACAUUGAUAAGUGUAUAGUCUUUGGUGGGUUUUUGAUUUAAUUUCGUGUGUGCGACGUCGUGAUAUUGUUGAGCAUGUGAGGAUCCUGUGUGUGUGUUUGGGCCUAGUGACUGCGCAAUGUGUUGCUGGUGAUAAGGAGAUUGGUGUGACUGUUGAAACUGUGUGUAUAUUUGUACAGCUUUUUGAAUCAGACGUUCUGUUGAAAUAAUCUUCUGAUUCACAAGGCUUUGUCUUGUAUGUUUUAAAAAAAAAAAAAAAAAGUAGGGAGUAGCCUGUCCUGGUGGCCGCAUGGCCUCCAUGUAGCAGUCUUCACUUAAAAUUAGUGCAGGGUGUACAUGUGGCUGUAACUAGUAGGCUGGAAUUCUAUGAUCAGUUUCUAUAUAUUGACUGUUGGAAACUGAUUGUUGAAAAACUGCCUUGGUGAAUUAAACUGUGUCAUAUGGGAAACAAUGUAGCCAUAUGGUGGUCAGAACUAAGGACUUAAUUACAACUGCUUUGGACAUCCCCUCCCCCCUGGCAUCUGAUUACCAACCCCCCAAACAUCCUCCAGAGCCAGAUUAGCCACGCCCCUAUUCUUUUUCCCAAGCUAAGAACUGGUAUAUAGUCAGUAUUUGCACUCCCCCUGCUCUACUGUCCCCGCCUACCCACAUACCUAUCUGUUCCUGUGUUUCAAACUCUUGUAUUUCUGUACUACCCCUCCCCCUAAUCAAUGAUCAAUGGUAUCAGAUGGUAUAUUGGUUUUUUUUAGUUACUGGAUGGGCCCCUCCCAGCUUUGUCCAAAAUGUCCCCUUUUACUAAAUUACAAACUGAAAUGUUUAAUUUACCUUAGAACUAAAGAUUUAAUCAGGCCUAGAUAUCAGGGUGGACAGUGAUUAAAAUAAGUAAUAAUAAAAUAGGACAUCAUUAAUUAAAGUCUAUUUGUUUCAUUUGACUUUAGGGAGGCACUCUAAGCCACCUACUGGCCAUCUUUGGGAGUUACAUUGAUAAUACAUUGUUUAUAACAGAUAGAAGUAGGAUUGCUUACCCUAUUUUAAUAUAUUUAUUGCUAUAAGGUUUUAUUUUAUGUAUAAAUAUAUUAAAAGUUGAGUUUUCUUAUUAGACCCAUAAAGAUUAUUUUGAUACAAUUACCCUCUGGUGACACCUACUGGUAGGUUUUUGGUUUAACACUUUAAACAAAAACGUUUUUUCAUCCACCAAAUGCCGACUAAUAAAAUUAGCUCACCCCCUUACACCUAUCUUACUACUCCUAGACUGGAACCUAUUAUUGAGCAGCCUUGCCGAAGUCCCAUAUUAGAGACUGCUUGAGUCAAAUAGGUUGUAUACUCCCUUUAAUCCAGAGGCUCCUGAGAAUUCUAGGAUGAUUAAUUCAGCAUUUGUCAGCCAGGCCCAAGGUGAUAUUAAAAGGAAAUUACAAAAAUUAGAUGGAUUUGCAGGGAUGUCCAUAUUACAGCUAAUGGAGAUUGCAAAUACAGUAUAUAUGAAUAGGGAGACGGAGGAAGAACGUAAAAUGAGGAAAAAGGCAGAUAUGCUAGCGGUAGCUAUCUUAAGUGUAGAAAGACAGGGAAGUGAAUAGAGGAGACGAGAAUAGGCUGAGCAAGGGACCUUUAAGUAGGAAUUAAUGUGCGUAUUGUAGAAAGGAGGGACAUUGGAAGAGUGAGUGUCCACAGAGAAAGCAGUAUGAAGGUGAUAGACAAGGAGAGAGAAGGGUACGAGGAGGUUAUAGUGGUAGUUAUAGAGUAAGAGGAAGUUUUAGAGGGAAUGGUGGGAAUAGUAGAGGAAGUGUUCAAGGAGACAGAUACUAUCUACCCACGCAGAGACCUAGAGAAAGAGAGGAUAGAGAUUUUGCGGGUCUGGCUGACACUAUCAUGGAAGACUAUUGAUACCGACUGGGCUCCAUCCCACUUGGUCGAGCGGAGCCUAUGGUCGAUGUAGCAAUAGGGGGAAAGAGAAGUUCUUUCAUGAUCGACACAGGUGCUGAACAUUCUGUGGUGACUAAGAUGGUGGCUCCGCCUUCGGGGAAGACUAUAACUGUGAUAGGAGCUACUGGGAGAAGUGCAGCUAGACCGGUUCUUAAGAGUCGCACUUGUAUUCUGGGAGGCCAUGUGGUGAAGCAUUAGUUCCUAUAUAUGCCAGAGUGUCCGAUUCAACUUUUAGGACGAGAUCUAUUAUCGAAGCUUUAAGCUCAGAUAACCUUUUACCUAAUGGAUCAACAUCUCUGAAGUUUAAGGGGUUACCAGGCAUAAUGGCGAUAUCGGUGCCAAGGGAAGAAGAAUGACGCUUCUAUUCCAUAGUGACAAGUGUUAACCCUAAGAGUGAUGAAUCCUUACUUGACAUUCCAGGAGUAUGGGAAGAAAAUAAUCCUCCAGGACUUGCUCAUAAUAUCCCACCAAUACAUAUUGAGUUAAAGCUCGGGGUGUAUCCUGUUAGCCUUUGUAUGUUGUUCUUUUAUCUACCCCAACAGCUGUAAAGGUGGCGGAAGUGACUCCUUGGAUUCAUCAUUCUAAGGUUAAACCAGCGGCAGACUCUUGGCAAGCUACUCCAGAUCCUGAGAAUCCUUGCAGGACCCGGUUGAAGCGUGCAACUCAGUCGGAGUGACGAGGGGAUAUCGAGACAUUCUAGUUAAAAGUCUACAAAGAUCAUCAAGUAGGUGUUUUGACGGCCAUAAUAAAGCCUGACCACCUGCCUACGUGUCAUAGCCAGAGUAUCUUGAAGGGAUCUCUGUGAAGGAAAGUGAGGAUCAGAAGAACAACAUCCUUGCAGCCCUCACAAUCGGGAAGCUGAGAGGCCAUCGCACGGUUGAAGAAAAAUGAGGAUUUCAGGAAUAAUGUGUUUUAUUGUGUCUUAGUAUUUUUAUGAUUUUUCAGGAAGGUAGGAGUACAGACAUACCGAAUUGCGAUAGUUGCAUUAAGACUACUAAAACAGGUAACCAAAUAUCCCAAACUCUCAUCUGGCACUCAUAGUAUGAAUGUAAGGGAUCUGUAUCUAAAUGUAGAUAUUUGGAUAUUGAUUAUAGUGUGUGCAAGCCAAUAUCAGGAGAGUCUAAAUGUUUUGAUCCCCAAUUCCAACCCCGUACAAUUUGGUUGGUAAUUCGGAAUAGUAACUCCCAGGGGACAUUAAUAAAUAGGACUGUGAUAAGCACCAUACAUUCCACGGGUAUUCUACUAUUUGAUGCAUGUAAGGCGAUUUCGGGUAGUGGAAGACUUUGGAAUGUAUGUGGUAAUCUUAAAUGGGAACGAACUUAUGGGUUUAAUGAUAAAUACUUAUGUCCCAGUAAAAGAUCUACUGAUCCUGAUUGCCCAAAUAGAGACUAACUUCUGCCCCUAUUGGUCAUGUGUAGGUUGGGCAACCUGGGAAAAACAGUGGAUCAAGAUAUGAUUAUCCAAAGGUUGCCUACCACACCAUACUGUAAAACUAUGUGUGUAACCCCGUUCACAUGACCAUUUCCAAUCUGCAGUACUUUAUUGACAGGUUUGGAGGUCUGUUUGGGUUCCAAAUAUAUGGCACAGGAGUAGAUUCAGGAACAAUAAUAUAUGUAGGUCUUGAAACUGAGACAGUGGCAACUCAAACUCAUCAGGUUUCUCAUUCCUUCUAUGAGGAGAUGAGUAUUGAGGAUAAAAUUCCCCAUAAUGUUAACAACCUAUUUAUUGAUUUGGCUGAGGGUAUUGCAGGUAGUCUUAAUGUAACUAAUUGCUAUGUGUGUGGAGGUACUAAUAUGGGAGACCAGUGGCCAUGGGAGGCAAAGGAAAUAUGGUACCCUGGCUCUGAGACAUAUGAACAACAGAUACCUUUCCAGUCUGAUCAUCAAGUAAGUACUAGAAGUAAAUUGGAAUGGUGGUUAAAAACCUCCAUUAUAGGUCAUGUUUGUAUAGCCAGGAAAGGGACAAUGUAUAACACGUCUGUAGGUGAGCUAACUUGCUUGGGACAAAAAGCCUAUAAUGUUAAUACUAAAAAUACUACUUGGUGGUCAGCUUCAAAUGUCUCGGAACCUACUAAUCCGUUUGCCAAUUACACUCAUUUAAAGGAGGUAUGGUUUGACUUAUCGGCUACAUCUAGUUGGAAAGCCCCAGCAAAUUUAUACUGGAUUUGUGGUAAGAAAACUUAUUCGGAGUUACCACAAGAUUGGGAAGGGGCAUGUGUAUUAGGUAUGCCAAAGCCAUCCUUCUUCUUGUUGCCAAUCGAAACAGGAGAGACCUUGGGAGUUAAGGUUUACGAUGUAAAUCAUAAAAGGGAGAGAGCAUCCUUGAAUAUAGGUAGCUGGGAAGAUAAUGAGUGGCCCCCUCAACGUAUUAUUAAUUAUUAUGGACCUGCUACUUGGGCAGAAGAUGGCACUUAUGGAUAUAGAACUCCGAUUAUAUAUGCUCAACCGCAUUAUUAGACUACAGGCGGUAGUUGAGAUUAUUACUAAUGAGACAGCUCAAGUGCUUAAUCUUCUAGCUAAGCAAAAUACCAAGAUGUGAUCAGCCAUAUACCAGAAUAGGCUAGCCCUUGAUUACUUACUAGCAGUAGAAGGAGGUGUAUGCGGAAAGUUUAAUCUAAGUAACUGUUGUCUGCACAUAGAUGAUGAAGGGCAGGCAGUGGCUGAACUUACAAGCCACAUGGUUAAAUUUGAGCAUGUACCUACUCAGGUCUGGAAUGGGUAUAACCUAAGUAGUUGGUUUGGAAGUUGGUAUGAGCAGCUUGGAGGAAUUAAGACAUUAGUAGGAGGAGUAGAAUUUAUUAUAUAUUUUUUUUUGUGCCUCCUCCUGCCCUGUCUAAUUCCAUUAGUGGUAAGGUCCCUACGUAGUAUUAUAGAGAGUACUAUAGAGAGAAAGACAGCGGCUCAUGUAAUGGCUGUCUGGAAGAUAUGAUCCCCUAGCCCGAAGAGAAUAUAUUCAGGAUGAAGAAUGUUGAAGGAGUUUUUAAGAUGCUUACAAGGUCUACUUUGGUUCAAUGGCUACUUGAGAGAUGUAGGUAAAACUGUGAUUGGUGAUGCAUCUGGAAUAAUGUUCUAUCAGAGGCAUCAAAGGGGGGAAUGUGAUGGGAUUCCAGCAUGGUCAAAAUUUAGUAGGCCAAAAUCUCCAUGUGGCAUAUGUGUAUGUUGUGUCAGUUGGUUAGCUACAUGUAGCUAGGAUACUGUCAUCAGUGUACUGAGCAUGUGCAGGAAUGCAGGAACUGAAAUUGCACUUAUUUCCUUUGUCUUGGAUGAGCCAUGUGGUUUGACUAGAUGUACAAGUCUAUAUUCUGCUCAUUGAUUGGUUAAAGGUAUAUGUGGGUGUAGCUAUUAAUGGGAGGAGUUAUAGUGCUAUAUAAGGAAUGUACACUAUGUGUUGGUCUCUCAGAAUGUUGGAACAGGAGUUCAUCUGAGACCCGAUCGGUAAUGUGAAUAAAGGCCUGUUACUUCCUGAAGACCUGUGUCCAAUAUUUCUGUGUUUGGCUUCUGCAUGCUUACACUGCAACAGUACGAAAUAGAAAUAAAUGAGACUGGGACUCAAGAUAUGUUGUUGUGCUGAUCAGACAAACUGAAAAAGAAACACUCCCUUCAGCCAUUAAAAGAUUGGAAAAUGAACUUCAAAUUCAGAUUGAUACAAACGAAUGGAACAAAUCCUUAGACAUUUUUUAUAAAACAGUACAUUGUUUGAACCUCAAUGAGGUCCAAUUUAAAUCAAUAAAUCGUUGGUAUAGAGUCCCUUCAACUCUUAGUAAGAUGUAUCCUAAUGUUUCCCCAAAAUGCUGGAGAUGCGGUUUACUAAAAGGUGACUUUGUUCACAUCAGGUGAAACUGAUAAACUCCCUCUAGCCCUACGGUUAACACAAUUGUUUGGGUCUGAGUGGAAAUUGAACUCUGAAAAGGCUCUUUUACAUUUAAAUUUUCCCAAACAAAAAAAGAUGGAAUCUUACAUAUCCUGACAGCAACUAAAUUAUUAUUAGCAAGAAACUGGAUGUCAAACAAAGGUCCAACCUGGCUUGAAAUUAAAGCUCAGAUACUUACACAAUAUACCACAGAAAGGGGGGGUGGUAAGUCAAUCUAACUGGAAUCGGAUAGAAUUAAAUUUUUUGAAAAACUGGCUAGAUAUUUUAGAUAAAGAUUAACCCUCGAUACAACUGAAUCCAAAGCUUAAUACACUCAGUCAAAAUUCUCCUAUAAAGAGGAAAAUCAUAAGGAUAUAGUCCUCAAUGCAAUAAAAUAAAAUUAUAUUCUCAAUCGCCUAUCAUUCGUGUUUCCACAUGAUCCGCCAAUUCUUUUUUUUUUUUUUUGUCUAUGUCUAUUGUGGUAUGUAUUUAUAUACUUGUAUGUUCAUAUCACUCUAUUAACCAAAGGGAAAAUAAGAGGAGGGGAAUGAGGAUAAAAGAAAUGAGGAAAGAAAAAACGUAUAAGAACAUGUAUUUGUAUACCCAUACAUACGUAUUGUAUACCUAUAUGUAAUGAUAUUUAAUUCAUUGUUAAAGGGACACUAUAGUCACCUGAACAACUACAGCUUAAUGUAGUUGUUCAGGUGAGAUCUAUAGCUCCCUGCAGGCAAUCUAAUGUAAACACUGUAUUUUCAUAGAAAAUACAGUGUUUACAUUUAUUUAUAGGAAUACCUCCAGUGGCCAUCACUCAGACUGCCACCAGAGAGACUUCCUAUCAUGUAUGGCCCUAAAAAGGCCAUUUACACGUCAGACGUAUUAAAAUACGUCUGACGUGUGCAGGAGAGAGAAGGCACUGUGUGCUCGCCUUCUCUCUCCUGCCUGUCAGCAGAGGAGAGGGGGCGGGCAAAGACCGCGAGCUGAGCUGUCAGUCAGCUCAGCUCGCGGCCGCGCACUCGCGCGGUAGUGCACUCAGGACUUCAUAUAUGAAGUGUAGUGAGCAAUGACGCUUCCAAAUGGAAGCGUCUGAGUGCUCCCUGCUCGCGCCCGCCUAUUUUGUCAUUUUGACGAAAUAGGGGGCGCGGCUUCGAGGCUCCCGGCGCUGGAACCAGGUGGGUAAAAAGGGCUGCCUGGAGAGUCCCUUUAAUGAUUGAUUGUCUAAAUAAAAAAAUAAACACACAACAUCUCUCCUGCCUGCAGAAACAGCAAUCUGCAAAUCUACCUGAGUAUGCAAAUUAGCAUUCCUUGCUAUUCAGGUAGUGCAUACAGCCAUUGCUAGAUCCUUACAGCCAACAGGUGACGCUGUUCAGGCUCCACAGUCAAAUCCACGUAGUUGAUUGCAAGCAUUAGCAAGACAGGAGAACACACUAACAUUUAAAUCUAAACAAUUACAUUAAACACACCCUUCACCCACAAUGGGCACAGGGUGACUUUAAACAUAGAAGUCGUCCAGGGAUCUAAUUGAAGUGUUCAUCUUAUGCUCCCAGUGAUGGUGACUACAGUCACCAUUCAAAUGAAACAAAAACAAAACGUAGUCCAAUUAAAAUGACAAGUUGAUUUUUUUUAAAGAUCUAGAUUUAAAGAUUUUAACAUUGACUCCUGAGAAAUUUAUUUUUCAUAUGAACAUUAAAGGACCACUCUAGGCACCCAGACCACUUCAGCUUAAUGAAGUGGUCUGGGUGCCAGGUCCAGCUAGGGUUAACCCAUUUUUUUUAUAAACAAGCAGUUUCAGAGAAACUGCUAUGUUUAUGAAUGGGUUAAGCCUUCCCCCUAAUCCUCUAGUGGCUGUCUCAUUGACAGCCACUAGAGGCGCUUGCGUGCUUCUCACUGUGAUUUUCACAGUGAGAGCACGCCAGCGUCCAUAGGAAAGCAUUGUAAAUGCUUUCCUAUGCGACGGGCUGAAUGCGCACGCAGCUCUUGCCGCGCGUGCGCAUUCAGCCCAAGAGGAGGAGAGGAGGCAGAGAGCUCUCCGCCCAGCGCUGGAAAAAGGUAAGUUUUUACCCCUUACCCCUUACCCCUUUCCAGAGCCGGGCGGGAGGGGGACCCUGAGGGUGGGGGCACCCUCAGGGCACUAUAGUGCCAGGAAAACGAGUUUGUUUUCCUGGCACUAUAGUGGUCCUUUAAUGGUUUAAUGAAAUUAGAAAAAUAUCUAAAAUAAACAUACUAAUGACAGUUAAGAUCUGCCUAUCAAAAUAUUGGAAGACUACAAUUAUUCCUCAGGUCACUGAAAUCCUAACUCAAAUUAAUGAUCAAGGAAUUAUGGAAAAGGCGUUCUUUUUCAAUAACAGUAAUAUCCCAAAGUAUAAUAAAAUUUGGUCUAAAUGAUUUGAAUAUUAUAAAAAGGAAAAUUGACCCACAACGAACGAACUAGCUGGGCAUAGAUAGAAAUUUUGUGGAUGCACCUUGUUCCUUGUGUUCGACCUCAACUAUCAGAUGGCCGCCUUUCUUAACACUUCCCCCAGUGCGCAAUUUGAUCAUCCUCUCUGACAAACUACUAGUCAAGUACAACUAACUUAGGAUGUUUUCUUUUUUUUUUUUCUGUGAGUAUCUGUAAUCUGAUUACUAACAUGGUAUAUGGCAAUGUGCUAUUUUAGAGUACUGAUAAAUAUAGUGAACCCUUAAUGACGAGUGAUGGACAAAGUCCGUCACUCAGGGAAUUGCCAUAAUGACGAGUGACGGACCCGAUAGUGCUACCCAGCACAUGUGCUCACUCUGACAGCAUGUCAGAGCAAGCACAUGUGCUUAGUAUACUUGCCUUCUGCCUCCCUGCACUUCCUGGUUCUGUGUGAAGUGCAGGGAUACGGAUCAGUGAUGAUCCUGCCCCCUGUUAAAAAAAAUAGUUUAUUUAAAAUCCCACCCCCCUUUACUCAUUUUAAUUAAAAAUGAACCCCUUCCCUGCCAAUUGAUCACUGACUACAGUGAUCAAUUGGCAGGGAUUACAUUUUACUGUCAUCUGAUUUUUUUAGUUUUUAAACCCCUGAGGGUAAAUUCUUUUUUUUUUUUAACCCUCAGGGGUUAAAUUUAUUUAAUUAAUUAAAAUAUUUUAACAUUAUAUGUUUAGCUAGCUUGGGUGAGUGGAAGUUAGCUGGUAAUUGGGGGAUUUGGUGUUAGGCUAAAAAAAGUUUUAAAAUAAACUUUAAAAAGUAAAAAAUUAAGCUAAAAAAAAAGUUGUAAUAACGUUUAAGUAAAAAAUAACCCCCCCCCCUUACCCAGUUCAAAUAAAAAUUAACCCCUUCCCUGCCAGUCACUCACUGCCUACAGUGAUCAAAAUACAGAUCACAGUAUUAUACUGUGAUCUAAUUUUUUUUAACCCCUGAGGAUUAACUUUUAUUUAUUUUUUAACCCUCAGGGGUUCAAUUUAUUUAAUUAAUUUAAAUAUUUUAUAAUUAUAUAUUUUGCUAGCUGGGGUGGGUGGGAGUUAUGGGAAAAUGGGGAAUUUACUGUUAGUGCUGCUUACUGCUAGUUAGGGGUUAACGGUAAAAAAAAAAACUUAGAAAAAUGUUAAAUCUGUAAAAGUUUUAAGAAAGUUUAAAAAAAUUAAUAAGCAAAACAAAAGUUUAAAAACUAGUUUUUAAAAGUAAAAAAGUUUCAAAAAGUAAAAAAAAUACAUUUAAAACCACGCAUUACCACUACACCUGGAACAAACUAGAGGAAAAAUGAUCCCACGCUAAGGUUCAAAAUAUGCCUUUUGAAUUACCCCAGGGUGUAUUCUUUAUUAAAUAGUAUGUGUUUGUGGGGAAGUUUCAAUAACCAACCGUCUAAACUACUCCAAAUUGGAACAUGGACACAGUGUAAAACUUCAAAGUUAGAAAAAAAACUGGCUGCAUCUCAAAUGCGCCCCUUCAACAUCCACAUAUACCUGGCAAAGGUACAUACGGUGGUAUUGCUGUACUCAGACGACAUAGCUGAGCAACAUAUGAAGUAUUAUACAGUCGUAGCACACAUAAGGUUUGCAAAAUAUACUGUGUAAACUCACUUUGUGUGUCAGAAAGGCAGAAAAAACACUUAUUACCACUACACUUGGUACAAGCUAGCGGAAAAAUGAACCCACGCCAAGGUUCAAAAUAUGCCUUUUGAAAUACCCUGGGAUGUCUUCUUUAAGAAAUGGUAUGGCUUUAUGGGGUAUUUGGAUUUUAUAGCCUGGUAAAAUGCUCUAUAAUGAUUAAUGGUCACAGUGUAAAAAUUUAAAGUUUGAAAAAAACUGGAGUGGCUGUGUCCCAAAUGUGCUCCUCCGAUGUCCACAUAUACCCUGGGAUGUCUUCUUUAAGAAAUGGUAGGCCUUUGUGGGGUAGUUUGAACUUAAACCCUGCUAAGAUGCUUGAAAAUUGCACAUAGGCCCAGCGUCAAAAUUCAAAGUUCGGUAAAAACUGAUAUGGCUUGGUCUCCUAUAUGGCACUGUAGCUUCACGAAAUAGUGCCAAAGACAUUCAUUGGGGGUGUCUUUUUACUCAGAAGAAUUAGCCGAGCGUAAUUCGGGGAGUUUGAACUUAGUGGCACAUGUGAAAUAUACAAAAUGCCCAGCAAAAAUGCAAUCCAUAUGUAAAAAACACACAAAAUUAUUUUUUAUCACAUACUUUAGCAUAUAUUGGUGAAAAAAUGGGGGCAUGUUAAGGCACAAUAUGCACCUUAUGAGAUACCCUGGAGUGUCUACUUUAACAAAUGGUAGGCUUUUGUGGUUUUUUUUUGAACAGUUAAACUGGUAUAAUACCCCAAAUGGAAGCAUGGGCUCAUUAAAUCUGUCUCUCAAAAUUCUACUGUGAAUACUGAAAAGGACAGGUCUCCUAUAUGGCACUGUAGCUUCACGAAAUAGUGCCAAAGACAUACAAUGGGGGUGUCAUUUUACUCAGAAGACUUAGUUGAGCAUAAUUUGGGGGGUUUGAACUUAGUGGCACAUGUGAAAUAUACAAAAUGCCCAGCAAAAAUGCAAUUCAUGUGUAAAAAACGCACAAAAUUAUUUUUUACCACAUACAAUGGGGGUGUCCUUUUACUCAGCAGAUGUAACAGAACACAAAAAUAAAACUUUGUACAGGAAUAGCACACGCCAACUUUACAAAAUACACAUGAGAAUUUCUUUGUUAUAAGUUUGUGUGCCAAAAAACAAAAAAACACAAUUUUACUCCAAUAUUUAGCAGAGGUUGGCGGUAAAAUGGCUACGUAGAAAUUGUCAAAACAACCCUAGGUAAAUAGUCUGUGAUGUGUACUUUAUAUAAAUAUAUACUUUUGUGUGGCAAUUUUGUUUUCUUUUAUGGCUAUUAAGCUUACAAGACAAACAUACUAAAUUCUAAAAUCGCUCCACAUUAAAAGUUUAUUUUAUUCCUUGUGCUUUGUGACCUGUAACUACCAAAAAAAACUUAAAAUCCCAGACACAUUAUACAUUCUGUAAACUAAAUGAAUUUAUUUUUAAUUACUUUUUUUAACCUGCACUAAUUAUGCACACAUUAUUGCAAAAACUGUAAAAAAAAAACAACAAAACAUUUCAUAUUUUUUGCAUUUUUCUGUAUUUUUUUUAUAAAAAAUAAGCAUAAAUAUAUAUCAGAUCCUGACGAAAGUUCUACAUAGGAACUGAAACGUUGAUAUUUUGUGGCUGUCGCUAAAUAAAGCGAAGUUAUUUUUUUCACCAUAUUUAUGAAGUCCUGGGAGUGCUAUUAUCCACCAAUUUUGUUCUAUAUAUAUAUAUAUAUAUAUAUAUAUAUUUGUCUUACAUCAAAUUAAAGCCCUUUCUGUCCUUUAAAAAAUGAUGUAUAAUAUGUGUCUGUGCAAUAAAUUCGUAAAAUGCAUAUUGCAGUUGAACGCAAACAGCAAAAAAUGAAAGAAAUGCUGUUGUCAUUAAGUGAAAGACAAGCUUCUGAAGCUCUGUCCUUAAGGGAUUAAUAUGUUAGAUUGAGGGAACUCACUAUUUACAGUUUAUUCCUAUUUUAUCAAGAAGUUUUCAAUAUUAUUUGUCUAAUGCCAUUUAAUUCAUACAUAAUUAUAUCAUGUCUUUGUCAGAAAGCUAAACUGGUGAAACCUAUGAAACCUUACCUCGCAAUCAUAUUUAUGACUACUGGGUCUAAUUAUAUUAUAUGUAUGCACUUUAUUAUGUCUUGUUUAUAUCAGUGGUUUGAUAUGAAACUUUAUUGUUCAUUGAUAAUUUUACUGACGUCUUGUUAUACUGAAAUACAAUAAAAAUCAUUUAUAAAACAAAAUAAAAUGGCAAGUUGAUUUUUAAAGUAGCACUGUUACUUGUUGGCUCCUCUACUUUAUCAGAGAAUCCCCCAAGGUGACAUGUCACCUAUGGUGAAUUAAAGAAUUGUUUGCCUAAAGUGGCUCCAUCUUCAGCACCUGAUGGCUUUAUCAGCCGUCUUUUGCGAGUUAUGUGCAAAAAUACUUGUUCCCAUUAGCGGUCAGAAAUCAUGGCUGUUGGGAUAUGGCAAGAAGUGGCAGCACAAAGUUUAAAUGGGCUUUUAUGAAGAUUCUCAUUGAUCAAAAUCCAUGCAAAACUGUUAAAGGAACGCUAUAGACACCAUAACCACUUGAAGACACUAUUUCCAAUUAGUGAUUUUAGUGCUUGUAGUCCGUGGGUGCAGGGUCCCACAUCACUGCUAAACAGUUACUCACCGUUUAGUAGAGCUGUUCAGGCCCCUGGCAGCUUGCAACCUGGUCUCCAACUACUCUAUGGUGGAAGUGCCAAUUCAUACCAGGGACUGGAGUAUUGAUUGGCUCAGACGCUCCAACCCUAUCACUGCCACUACCCCUAUGCUUGGAGUGUUGAAGAGCAUUGCCCUAUCUUCACCAUUUUGUCAUUGGGGGAGCGAAGCUGAAAAGUGUAUACCCUGUGUUCCACUGACCGAUAUGGCUAUUGCAGCCUGAUAGGAGUUGCUUCCCCACUCCCUCCUCUCACUUACUAUAGUCCACGAAAAACGAACGAGGUUGUUGGAGAGACACACGAAUGGUGGUGAUGGCUGAAUUUCAACUGGGAUGCCGUCAGACAUUUCUGCCCCAGGUACCAUAUACAAUAGGUUCGCCUCUGGCUGAUCAUAGUUAAUCGAAAUAGGUUUUCCAUUUUGUAAUAAAUCCUUACAGAAUUCAUUGUUAUGGUAAAAUAAACUGUUAUUCCUUAAGGGAAUAAACCGUAGCCUGAUCCUCACUAGCUGGACAUUUUUAUAAUUGUACUCUUAUGAUGUAUUUUAUUUUAGAUAAAUUAGAUCUAAUAAACCAAAUUAAUGAAGCUGUCUUGUAUUUUUGUAGUUGCAGGAGCAGCUUUUAGCCUGAACUGUCAGUUGAAUAAUUUGAAGCCAUUGGCAUUUAGCACUGAGAACAUCCUCGCCCGUGAAGGAGAGAACUGGAACCUGAUUGUGUUGGGUGACAUGUUUUAUGAUGAGAAGCUUGCAGACCACCUCCAUCUCUGGCUCAGACACUGCAUUGCCAAGCACAAGACUCAAGUUCUCAUCGGAGACCCAGGGAGAUUUCAGUUUGUGAGUCACCCUAUCCAAAAGCAGCUGAAAAAAAUGGCAGAAUAUUCUCUACCAGAACGCGUCCAACAAGAAAAUUAUGGUCUGUCUACCACUGCUGUUUGGUGCUAUGAACCUUGAAUGUAUACACUGUGGUAGGUGAAAGCAAAUCGGUUUCUGUGUAACUGGGGAUGAGUGCGUGUAUGUCUUUAAUUUCAAUACACAUUUUAACAUAGACAGGGUUAUUCGCUAAAGAAAGAAUUGUUGGUAAUUCAAAGUGAAUAUCAAAUUUAAGGCCAAACUAGUCUGAGUCAGCUAUACGUCAAGUUUGGCUACUGUGUCCUGACAUUUUUAAAAUUCUAUUUGAAUUUUCAGUAAUUGUCACUUUAGUGAAUAACCCAGUUAGGUCUACACUGCUACAUUUUGCUGGCCUCUUUAGCAUUUUUUUAUUUUUUUUUAAAGGAUCACAUGUGUCUUAUUAUAAAUGUCUUUUCAUAUUAAGGCAAAAAACAGGUUUAAACAUGCUUGUAAAAAGUAUAUGAAUUAAAAGGUAUACAAAUCAUCAUUUUAUAUAAUGCUGUUGUAAGAAACCAUGUCUUUUUGGAGAAAAAAGGUAUUGAGAGAAGCAAUGAGAAAACAAGUUCAAUGAAACCAUGUGAAAUCAAAACUGUAUUUUGAGUUGUUGUUUGAUGUACUUGGAAUAUGGCUUUAAGCUGUUGCAAAUAUAUAUAAAAAAAGCAAAUAUUAUUUUACUUAUUACUCUCAUCAUUCUUCCAGAUUCUUAAAGGCCAAUGUGUAAAGGGCCACGCUGUACUUAAAUAUAGAUAUGUCCGUGUUUAAACAUAUAUUUGUUUUUGUAAUCCAAUGUAGGAUACAUUUAUAUAUUUUAAAAUUGAACAAUUACUUUUACACCAUGGAAUAAAACAUUGAAAAUCAC